AUGUACCCCCUGGACGCCCUAGCCCUGGAGCCUGUACCAGCCUACCGCUGGAGGAUCAUGUGUUAUCAGCUCUACUCUACUGUGUCUCUGUGUCUGGUCUACUGGUCCAGUCCAGGUAUGUAGCUCUACUCUAUAGUCUCUGUGUCUGGUCUACUGGUUCACUGCAGGUAUCAACAGAUAGUUUGUUGAUAGUAUGACUAUCUAAAUAAAGUGUCCUGUGUCUAUUUACACUUAUGACAUAAGGCAGCUCCAGACUUUCGACCACUAUAUGUGAUAUAAAAUAUUUAUUUUAACAAAUCACAAGAACAGCAAACCUUGUGGAGUUGUCUGGCACUUAGAAUUAGACUGAUAUUUCAAACGUCUGGCAGUCCUCAGUCUAAGGACACUACUGGGUGAGUUUCAACCCCACUUAGGUCACCCUAAAUCCCUUACGUAGAAACACCAAGGGUCCAAACUUGACACUACAAAACACGUUUCUGUUUCCUUAGCAGAAAACGUUCCUCUCACUUUCAUGUGUUGUUUGGACAACAAGCAGCAGUAGGGUUUAACCACCCUGGAGUCGAUGUCUGCGCCCCCGUGGAAAUCGAAUUAGCAUCAUAAAGAAAUCCCCAUAGAAAUCUGGCUGUUUAAGGUAGAGAAAUCCCCAUAGAAAUCUGGCUGUUUAAGGUAGAGAUGUCCGUUUUUUUGCAUGGGCUGUGUCUCAAUCCACAUCAUCCGCCGAUGUCGGCCUUCCGCCUCUGCGGUGGAAGGUGGCCGAGCUACAGCGGUGGUUGUCAGACCAUGAGACAUCCCAAAAAUCGUUCUUCUCACGAAAACGUCUGUAGCGUCCGAACGGUUUUGUUAUGAACUAUUAAGAUGAGGCUCCCAUGAACACCAUGGUGUUCUCCGUUUUGCUCUACGACCCCCCCCCCCCCCCCCCCCCCCCCCCGAAGCGUCACGGGACUCGUCUGAAGUCGAUACCGCCUAUCUGCCAACUUCUGUUUGUAGCGUCCGAACAGUUUGCGCUACACACUAAUAUGACCCCUCUGUGGUAAGUUGAGACUCUCACGAACAUGCACUUGUAGAUUGUUUUGCUCUAGGAUGCCCUACUAAGUAGUUUAGUGCCUAAAAUAUGGGGUUAAAUAUGGGGUUAAAUAUGGGGUUAAAUAUGGGGUUAAAUAUGGGGUUAAAUAUGGGGUUAAAGAUGGGGUUAAAUAUGGGGUUAAAUAUGGGGUUAAAUAUGGGGUUAAAUAUGGGGUUAAAGAUGGGGUUAAAUAUGGGGUUAAAUAUGGGGUUAAAGCUGGGGUUAAAGAUUGGGUUAAAUAUGGGGUUAAAGAGGGGUUAAAUCUGGGGUUAAAUAUGGGGUUAAAUUGGGGUUAAAGAUGGGUUAAUAUGGGUUAAAUAUGGGGUUAAAUAUGGGGUUAAAUAUGGGGUUAAAUAUGGGGUUAAAGAUGGGGUUAAAUAUGGGGUUAAAUAUGGGGUUAAAUAUGUGUCAAAAUAAAUAACAAACAAUUGCCGGAUGGACUUCAUGGUUGAGGGUUGAGGAAGUUCAGGAGUAAAAACAAACAAAAUAGGAUUAUUGUAAAAUCGACUGUGUCCAUAAAAUGUAUAUAGUAUGUAUAAGCUGGAAGUAGAGGCCUAAGCAUUGUUGUUCACUAGUUUACUCCAAUUAGGGAAGGGGUGGUGGGGUUGGAAAGUAAUAAAGGGAAAUAUAUUUAAAAGAAGGAUAUGUAUAUAUAUGCAUGUAUAUGUAUUUAUAUGUAUGUGUAUGUAUGUAUAUGUAUAUGUAUAUAUAUAUAUAUAUAUUUGCGAGAAUAAAAAACAUAUGGGGGAUUGGAAGUGAUGCAGACAAUUACAUUGAUGGAAGUUACAAUCAAUCUGCAAUAUUUAAGCUGAUCUACCCCCUAAAUUAAAAAAAAUAAAAUAAAAAAUAAAUAAAACAACUGCCUGAUCUUUCUUAUAACUCUCAGAUAUAGGACAGACACUUCAAAACAAACGUCCUUUAGAUUUCUUUGGGGGGGACUAUCUGUUUUUCCAGUUAUGAAUCUGUUUUACAAUGUGUUUCUAUGGGCUAAUAGCAGUAAGGCCAAAUUCAAUGUUUCAUCCCCCCACCCCUUUAGGUAUCUUUUUGAUACCUAAAGGGGUCCCUACAAUCCCAAAUAAAAUAGCUAAAUGAUCCUUGGUAUGACCAUCUUAAAACAAUUCCAUAUGUUAGCUUAGUAGAACCCCUCUAGGGUUAAAGCCAGUCAGUCUCGUACUUUCAUGUGAUGUUUUGGACAACAGGCAGCAGUCGGUUUUAAGGCCAGCCAGUCAGUCCCUUUGGGGUUACAACACAAAUCAGCCCCAGCAUUCUGUUUCUUCCCUUUACCCGUAGAUAACAGAGGGUUUCCAUCUAUCAUCCUGACAGCUCUGUUUCUCUCCAACGGCACCCUAUCCCCUAUGGGCCCUGGUCCAAAAGUAGUGCGCUAUAUAGGGAAUAGGGUGCCAUUUGGGAGACAUCCUGAGCUAAAAGAGACGGCUGAGGCUGUAACAGACCGCCCAACCUUCCCCAAGUCGCGCCCAAUACAGCUUGGAAUAUAACGUUAUGUCUUAACACAUUCUCAUCUUAUCUGCUCCUCUUUCUACACAGGUUGGCAUUUAUUGUCAUAAAUCUUGCCCUAGAGACAGCUCUGCAGAGUGGGUACUAGCUAGCACAGUCACAAAGUCAUAAAAUCUGAUUUUAAAUCUAACCCUAACCUUAACCCUAACCUUAACCACACUGCUAACCCUAAUGUCUAACCCUAACCUUAACCCUAAUGUCUAACGAUUUUUGACUUUGCAGCCUUUAGUGGACAUUGCCCAGUUCUGCCUCCAGGACAAGACUCAUCCCAAUAAACGUCAACCUGCCAUCUUUAACUUACCAAGAGCAAAUGGGCUGAAGGAAAUAACUACAUUUUUGUUAAAGGCGCAGUGCAGUCAAAAAACUGAUUUUCCUGAGUUUUCUAUAUAUUUCCACACUAUGAGGUUGGAAUAAUACUGUGAAAUUGUGGAUAAUGCCCUUUUACAUUUAAGUCAUUUAGCAGCUCUUAUCCAGAGCGACUUAUAGUUAGCGAAUACAUAUUUUUUUUAUACUGGCCCCCCGUGGGAAUCGAACCCACAACCCUGACGUUGCAAACGCCAUGCUCUAUCAACUGAGCUACAUCCCUGCCGGCCAUUCCCUCCCCUACUCUGGACGAAUUGUGCACCACCCAUGAGUCUCCCGGUCGGCUACAGCAGAGCCUGGAUUCGAACCAGGAUCUCUAGUGGCACAGUUAGCACUGCGAUGCAGUGCCUUAGACCACUGCGCCACUCAGGAGGCUUUUAGUGUAAGAGCAGUUUUAAAAGACCAGCUGAAAUUUCAGCCUGUUUUGGUGGGAUGGCGUUUUGAAGGUACAUUAGUUAAUAGACCAAUAAGAAAGAGAGUUCCAAAUCUCUCUUCCAAUAACAGCCAGUUUUUCAGUUUUCCCCUCCCCUCUCAGACCACUCCCAGACAGUCCUAGCUACAUUCUUGCUUGAUAAAUUCCUCUUCGCUAAGCUAUUUUUGUUUUCUUUUUUUACCAUUUUAAUUUUUAAACAAUCACAGUAAGGCACUUAAUUGUUAAGCAGAAAUGAUGAUAUUGAAGUAGAAAACAUCAGCAUUGUACCUUUAAGAUACGUUUUGUCCGUCUCUCAGUGACUCAGUGCCUUCCUAUUAAUGAUGUAGUGCACUCUAUGUUUAUGUGUUUUGUUUUACCCCAUAUGUAACUCUGUGUUGUUGUUGUUUUUAUCGCACUGCUUUGCUUUAUCUUGGCCAGGUCGCAGUUGUAAAUGAGAACUUGUUCUCAAACUGGCUUACCUGGUUAAAUAAAGGUGAAAAAAAUAAAAUAAAAAAAUAUAUAUAUUUAACCAGAGCCCUGGAGGAAUAGGGCGCCAUUUGGGACGGAUAAUGUGUGAGGCUGAGGGGGUUUUCAGACUCUGCAGAGAGAGAGCGAUACGGAGCCAGACCACCUGUGGAUGAAAAACAUGAGCUUUUCUUUUGAACAGAAAUGAAACAAAAACCGCAGAGGUCUGAGUCACAUGAAACACAAGUGAGAAAGGAAACAACGUUCAUGCUCAGUGAACAUCCAACCAUGUUUGAUAUAAUGAACCAGUUAAAUUCCCUGUCAAGUUUCAUGUUCUUUAAAUAGUACCGUGUAUUUAUGUCUGAGGUGUACAGAACUUGACCCUAUGACUUCACAAACACAGAUAUUUGUUUGAUUUGAAUGCAAGUCACAGUGCUAAUAUUUUACCGGACUAGUAGGACCACGUUAGUUAACUGUUGAAUAUUUAGAUAAAUAUGGUAUAUGAUUAUAACACUGCCUUUCCUUUCCUGACUGUAUCUCCUCUGUGUAUUUGUCAAAGCAUCCUCCUUCUCUCUGUCUGUAGAGUGAGAACCAACCUUGUCCUAAUACAGUUCGUCUAGUCCAGGCUUCAGGCCAAGACGACUACUUUAACCUUAGUUGGAAGACAGCCACCAUAGCAUCCAUCCACCCAAAACAUCUGUCUUCUACACUUCACCCUGCUUGAACGUAACUGUCACGGAUUCAGCCGAGGCUGCUCCUCCUCCUUGCUCGGGCAGGCUUCGGCGUUCUUCGUCCCCGGAGUACUAGCUGCUGCCGAUCGAUGUUUCGGUGUUUGUCUAGUUUAGUCUUUAUUGUUUACACCUGUUCCCGAUUAUGUUUGAUUGUAGUCCCUAUAUUUACCCCUGUCUCUCAUUUGGAAUUUGUGUGUUAUUGUUUAUUGUUACGUGUGUCGUUGGUGAGCGGGUUAGUUCCUCCCUGUGUGGAGGUAUUCUGUGUGUCGUUGGUGAGCGGGUUAGUUCCUCCCUGUGUGGAGGUAUUCUGUGUGUCGUUGGUGAGCGGGUUAGUUCCUCCCUGUGUGGAGGUAUUCUGUGUGUCGUUGGUGAGCGGGUUAGUUCCUCCCUGUGUGGAGGUUUUCUGUGUUGAGUUCUUUACUUCGUUUAGUAAAGUACGUUUCUUAGAGUUCUGUGACCUGCGCCUGACUUCUUCCACCGCAUUACACUGACACUCGUGACAGUAACAGAUCAGAAACACACGUAAGCAUUUGCGUGUGUAAACGGUGUAAACGGAGUAAUUGUGUGUAUCAUCUCCCUGUCUGUAGGUUGAUUAAACUGUAGGUUGAUUAAACUCAACUGAUUGUGAUGUGAUACUUUGACAUGUAUUUUAUCUUAGAUUUUUUGUUGUUGCUGCAAGCCACCCCUGGUUGUCAGGAGUCCUCAGGUCUAAUCUUCCUUCAACAACAAUAGAGGGAUGAGGUUCCCAUGUGCCGUGGUACCCUGAACAUGAACACACUCAGAACACAAUCAGCUGGCUUCUUUGUGUGGAACAAAUGCUGAACAACAGUAGCUGCUGGGGAAAUGACAUGUCAUUAACAUUAUAGAACUUGAAUUAAGCUGAGUGUUAAUGUCAGCAAAUGUGAAGAUAGAAAAAAAAUCACAGAGUUAAGAAGUGAAGUCUUCUUGUUACCACAGUGCCUUCAGGGAGUAGUAACACCCCAGUGCACUACUUUUGUGAGGAAUAAUAAGAAAUAAAAUAAUCAUAUUUUAGAUAUUAUUAUAUUUUUUCCGAUUUAUCAGGGAUGCUGGAGCAUCCUCAGCACCCGUACUUCCCGCGGCUUCCCGUACUUCCUGCCGAUUGGUAGAUGUGUAAAAAAAAUCAAAAAGCAGACGCUGAAUUUCCCUUUGAGCCUGGUGAAGUUAUUAAUUAGGCUUUGGAUGGUGUAUCAAUACACCCAGUCACUACAAAGAUACAGGCGUCCUUCCUAACUCAGUUGCCGGAGAGGAAAUAAACUGUUCAGAGAUUUCACCAUGAGGCCAAUGGUGAUUUUAAAACAGUUACAGAGUUUAAUGGUUGUGAUAGGAGAAAACAGAGGAUAGAUCAACAACAUUGUAAACUCAGCAAAAAAAGAAACGUCCUCUCACUGUCAACUGCGUUUAUUUUCAGCAAACUUAACAUGUGUAAAUAUUUGUAUGAACAUUACAAGAUUCAACAACUGAGACAUAAACUGAACAAGUUCCACAUACAUGUGACUAACAGAAAUUGAAUAAUGUGUCCCUGAACAAAGGGGGGGUCAAAAUCAAAAGUAACAGUCAGUAUCUGGUGUGGCCACCAGCUGCAUUAAGUACUGCAGUGCAUCUCCUCCUCAUGGACUGCACCAGAUUUGCCAGUUCUUGCUGUGAGAUGUUACCCCACUCUUCCACCAAGGCACCUGCAAGUUCCCAGACAUUUCUGGGGGGAAUGGCCCUAGCCCUCACCCUCCAAUCCAACAGGUCCCAGACGUGCUCAAUUGGAUUGAGAUCCCGGCUCUUUGCUGGCCAUGGCAGAACACUGACAUUCCUGUCUUGCAGGAAAUCACGCACAGAACGAGCAGUAUGGCUGGUGGUAUUGUCAUGCUGGAGGGUCAUGUCAGGAUGAGCCUGCAGGAAGGGUACCACAUGAGGGAGGAGGAUGUCUUCCCUGUAACGCACAGCGUUGAGAUUGCCUGCAAUGACAACAAGCUCAGUCAGAUGAUGCUAUGACACACCGCCCCAGACCAUGACGGACCCUCCACCUCCAAAUCGAUCCCGCUCCAGAGUACAGGCCUCGGUGUAACGCUCAUUCCUUCGACGAUAAACGCGAAUCCGACCAUCACCCCUGGUGAGACAAAACCGCGACUCGUCAGUGAAGAGCACUUUUUGCCAGUCCUGUCUGGUCCAGCGACGGUGGGUUUGUGCCCAUAGGCGACGUUGUUGCCGGUGAUGUCUGGUGAGGACCUGCCUUACAACAGGCCUACAAGCCCUCAGUCCAGCCUCUCUCAGCCUAUUGCGGACAGUCUGAGCACUGAUGGAGGGAUUGUGCGUUCCUGGUGUAACUCGGGCAGUUGUUGUUGCCAUCCUGUACCUGUCCCGCAGGUGUGAUGUUCGGAUGUACCGAUCCUGUGCAGGUGUUGUUACACGUGGUCUGCCACUGCGAGGACGAUCAGCUGUCCUUCCUGUCUCCUGUAGCGCUGUCUUAGGCAUCUCACAGUACGGACAUUGCAAUUUAUUGCCCUGGCCACAUCUGCAGUCCUCAUGCCUCCUUGCAGCAUGCCUAAGGCACGUUCACACAGAUGAGCAGGGACCCUGGGCAUCUUUCUUUUGGUGUUUUUCAGAGUCAGUAGAAACGCCUCUUUAGUGUCCUAAGUUUUCAUAACUGUGACCUUAAUUGCCUACCGUCUGUAAGCUGUUAGUGUCUUAAUGACCGUUCCACAGGUGCAUGUUCAUUAAUUGUUUAUGGUUCAUUGAACAAGCAUGGGAAACAGUGUUUAAUCCCUUUACAAUGAAGAUCUGUGAAGUUAUUUGGAUUUUUACAAAUUAUCUUUGAAAGACAGGGUCCUGAAAAAGGGACGUUUCUUUUUUUGCUGAGUUUAGUUACUCCACACUACUAACCCAAAUGACAAUGAAAAGAAGCCUGUACAGAAUAAAAAUAUUCCAAAACAUGUGUCCUGUUUGCAACAAGGCACUUAAGUAAUGGGUUCGUUUCCCACGGGGGGCCAGUAUGAAAAUAAAAAUGUAUGCACUCACUAACUGUAAGUCGCUCUGGAUAAGAGCGUCUGCUAAAUGACUGAAAUAUAAAUAUAAUAAUACUGCCAAAAAUGUGGCAAAGAAAUGAACUUUUUGUCCUGAAUACAAAGUGUUUGGGGCAAAUCCAAUACAACAUCACUGAGUACCACCCUUCAUAUUUUCAAGCAUGGUGGUGGCUGCAUCAUGUUAUGGGUGUGCUUGUCAUCGACAUGGACUAGGGAGUUUUCUAGGAUAAAAAGAAACAGAAUACAGCUAUAAGCACAGACAAAAUCUGGUUCAGUCUGCUUUCCAACAGACACUGGGAGACGAAUUCACCUUUCAGCAGGACAAUAACCUAAAACACAAGGCCAUUCAAGACGACAUUGAAUGUUCCUGAGUGGCCUAGUUACAGUUUUGACUUAAAUCGGCUUGAAAAUCUAUGGCAAGACUUGAAAAUGGCUGUCUAGCAAUGAUCAACAAUCAACUUGACAGAGCUUGAAGAAUUUAAAAAAGAAUAAUGUGCAAAUAUUGUACAAUCCAGGUGUGCAAAGCACUUAGAGACUUACCCUGAAAGACUCACAGCUGUAAUCGCCGCCACAAGUGCUUCUACAAAGUAUUCACUCAGAGGUGUAAAUAAUACAUUUCUGUAUUUAAUUUUCAGUAUAUUUGCCAACAUUUCUAAAAACAUGUUUUUCACUUUGUCAUUAUGGGGUAUUGUGUGUAGAUGGGUGAGAUUUUUCUUUUGAUUCAGGGUGUAACACAAAAAAUUGUGGAAUAAGUCAAGGGGUGUGAACUUAUAAUACAUAGAUAGGGAACGAGAUGAUUAAUAGCGAAUGUAGUUUUACAGAUCAACAGAGGUCAUACAGUAUUAUAGGAUCAACAGAGGUCAUACAGUAUUAUAGGAUCAACAGAGCUACAGAGGUCAUACAGUAUUAUAGGAUCAACAGAGGUCAUACAGUAUUAUAGGAUCAACAGAGGUCAUACAGUAUUAUAGGAUCAACAGAGCUACAGAGGUCAUACAGUAUUAUAGGAUCAACAGAGGUCAUACAGUAUUAUAGGAUCAACAGAGGUCAUACAGUAUUAUAGGAUCAACAGAGGUCAAACAGUAUUAUAGGAUCAACAGAGGUCAUACAGUAUUAUAGGAUCAACAGAGGUCAUACAGUAUUAUGGAAUCAACAGAGGUCAUACAGUCACAAGGUCAUACCGUAUAGGAUCAACAGAGGUCAUACAUUAUUAUAGGAUCAACAGAGGUCAUACAGUAUUAUAGGAUCAACAGAGGUCAUACAGUAUUAUAGGAUCAACAGAGGUCAUACAGUAUUAUAGGAUCAACAGAGGUCAUACAGUAUUAUAGGAUCAACAGAGGUCAUACAGUAUUAUAGGAUCAACAGAGGUCAUACAGUAUUAUGGGAUCAACAGAGGUCAUACAGUAUUAUAGGAUCAACAGAGGUCAUACAGUAUUAUAGGAUCAACAGAGGUCAUACAGUAUUAUAGGAUCAACAGAGGUCAUACAGUAUUAUAGGAUCAACAGAGGUCAUACAGUAUUAUAGGAUCAACAGAGGUCAUACAGUAUUAUAGGAUCAACAGAGGUCAUACAGUAUUAUAGGAUCAACAGAGGUCAUACAGUAUUAUAGGAUCAACAGAGCUACAGAGGUCAUACAGUAUUAUAGGAUCAACAGAGCUACAGAGGUCAUACAGUAUUAUAGGAUCAACAGAGGUCAUACAGUAUUAUAGGAUCAACAGAGGUCAAACCUAUUAAGGGUCAACAGAGGGGCAACAGAUUAGACAACAAAGGGUUAAAUAUUAGGGGUCAACGAGGAUACGUAUUUUAGGGGUCAAAAGAUUACAUAUUAAAAAAGGGGUAAAAAGGGAUACAUAUUAUAGGAUAAAAAAGGUCAUACAUAUUAUUUUUAAAACAGAAAACCCAAGAUGUUUCAUUGAAGGAUGGUUUGAAUGGAUGUGCCCCGAAUGAAGUUUGAAAGGGGGGGGAAAGGGAAAACAGGGUUUCCCGAGUGAGUGAUGGUGCAAUAUAGUUUUAUGAUAGGGGGGUUUUCCUGCAUGGGUUUGUGUCCCCGGGGGUUUAAUUGCUACGGGGGGUGUCUUGUGGGGGUGUGGGGCGGUGUGUUGUUGGGGUGGUGGGGGUGUGGUGGGUUGUGUGCGUUGGGGGGAUUCGGGGGGUCGGCCCCCCGGAGCGGGGAGAACGUGAUAAAAAAGCAGGACCUCAGUAGCAGUCUAAAUACUCCCAAAAGCCCCCCCCCAUUUUUAAAAAAAAACCCCCAAAAAAAUUAAAAUUUAUUUCUAUUUUUUUUAUUUAAUAUUAUUUCGUUUUUUUUAUUUUUUUUUUUUUUUAAAAAUUUUCUGUAUUUAUUUUUUAUUUUUUUUCUUUUUUUUUUUUUUUCUAUUUGCCCCCUUAAAAUUUUUUUUGUUUUUUUUUUUUUUUUUUUUUUUUUUUUCUUUUUUCCUUUUUUUUUUUUUUUUUUUUUUUCUUUUUUGUUGUUUGUUUCCCUUUUUUUUUGCUUGUUUUUUCUUGGUUUUUGUCUCUUUUUUUUUUUUUUUUUUUCUAUCUUUUUUUUUCUUUUUCUUUUUUUUUUUUUUUUUUCCCCCUUUUCUUUCCCCCGAUUUUUUUUUUCCCUUUCCCCUUUUCUCCUUUUCGUUGGGGCCCCUUUUUUUUUUUUUAAAAAAGCUCCCCUUUUUUUCCCCCCCUCUCUGUUUUUCUUCUUCUUCUCUUCUUUUUCCCCCUCUCCUUCUCCAUCCCCCCCCUCCCUUUCCCUUAAACUUUUUCCUUGGGGGGGUUUUUUUUUCUUUUCGGCCCCCCUUUUUUUUCUGAUUUCAGGCCCCCAUGCAGAGUAUUACAUUUUAAAUUCAUUUUUUUAAAAACAAAAGGGAAACUCAGAUUGUCUAGUUUACAUGGAGGCCAAAACAAUUUAAUCCUUGUAACAAUGUCCGCCGGGGGUCAAGUUGGGAAAAGCAGUUGGGUUCGAUGGGAUGGUCCCCAUUGGUCUCCACGAAAUUAAAUUGAUCAUCAACAUUCCAUUGAUUUUAUAUUUUGGGAAAAAAAAAGGGGAACUUGGAGAGGAAGGGAACCCUACUGUAUGGUUAGCUGAUUUUAUGCAUGUCCAAAAAUGAUGAGGGAGGAGGGGGUGUAACUUUCAGGUAGCUUUAAUCGGACUCAAUUUUUAUUUGAAUCAUAAUGUUUAAAGUCUUCCCUGUUACUGGGGGGAUACCCAUCAGUUCACCGUUAGUUUCCUGUCUGUGAGGGGCUUUCCAGGCCUGAACCCUUUUCCCCCUAAAUAUCUUCCCACUACCUCAGAUCUUCCGUCUACUACGUAUCUUUCCGUUCCACAGUAUCUUCCGUCUACAUAGUAUCUUCCCCGUUACAAUAUUCCUGUUACCCCCUAGUAUCUCCUGUCUUCCUAGUAUCUUCUGUCUAUCUAAGAUUUCUUGUCACCCAUAGUAUCUUCCCGUUACUAUAUAUCUUCCGUCUAUAGUAUCUUUCCGUUAUCUAUAGUAUUUCCGUCUACUACUAAUUUUUUCCCUGUUACCUACUAGUAUCUUCCUGUCUACCUACUAGUAUUUUCCGUCUACCUACUAGUAUCUUCGUCUACUAGUAGAUUCCUGUCUACCUACUAGUAUCUUCCGUCUACUACUAGUAUCUUCCUGUCUACCUACUAGUAUCUUCCUGUCUACCUACAGUACUUCCUGUCUACCUACUAGUAUCUUCCUGUCUACCUACUAGUAUCUUCCUGUCUACUAGUAUAUUCCUGUCUACCUACUAGUAUCUUCCUGUCUAUCUACUAGUAUCUUCCUGUCUACCUACUAGUAUCUUCCUGUCUACCUACUAGUAUCUUCCUGUCUACCUACUAGUAUCUUCCUGUUUACUACUAGUAAAUCUUCCUGUCUACCUACUAGUAUCUUCCUGUCUACCUACUAGUAUCUUCCUGUUACUACUAGUAUCUUCCUGUCUACCUACUAGUAUCUUCCUGUCUACCUACUAGUAUCUUCCUGUCUACCUACUAGUAUCUUCCUGUCUACCUGCUAGUAUCUUCCUGUCUACCUACUAGUAUCUUCCUGUCUACCUACUAGUAUCUUCCUGUCUACUAAUAUCUUCCUGUCUACCUACUAGUAUCUUCCUGUCUACCUGCUAGUAUCUUCCUGUCUACCUACUAGUAUCUUCCUGUCUACCUACUAGUAUCUUCCUGUCUACCUACUAGUAUCUUCCUGUCUACCUACUAGUAUCUUCCUGUCUACCUACUAGUAUCUUCCUGUCUACCUACUAGUAUCUUCCUGUCUACCUACUAGUAUCUUCCUGUCUACCUACUAGUAUCUUCCUGUCUACUAGUAUAUUCCUGUCUACCUACUAGUAUCUUCUGUCUACCUACUAGUAUCUUUCCUGUCUAUCUACUAGUAUCUUCCUGUCUUUACUAGUAUCUUCCUGUCUACCUACUAGUACUUCCUGUCUACCUACUAGUAUCUUCCUGUCUACUCUAGUAUUCCUGUCUACCUACUAGUAUCUUCCUGUUUACCUACUAGUAUGGCUUCCUGUCUACCUACUAGUAUCUUCCUGUCUACCUACUAGUAUCUUCCUGUUUACCUACGAUAUCUUCCUGUCUACCUACUAGUAUCUUCCUGUCUACCUACUAGUAUCUUCCUGAUCUACCUACUAGUAUCUUCCGUUCUACCUGCUAGUAUCUUCCUGUCUACCUACGAGUAUCUUCCUGUCUACCUACUAGUAUCUUCCUGUCUACCUACUAGUAUAUUCCUGUCUACCUACUAGUAUACUUCCUGUCUACCUACUAGUAUCUUCCUGUCUACCUACUAGUAUCUUCCUGUCUACCUACUAGUAUCUUCCUGUCUACCUACUAGUAUCUUCCUGUCUACCUACUAGUAUCUUCCUGUCUACCUACUAGUAUCUUCCUGUCUACCUACUAGUAUCUUCCUGUCUACCUACUAGUAUCUUCCUGUCUACCUGCUAGUAUCUUCCUGUCUACCUACUAGUAUCUUCCUGUCUAUCUACUAGUAUCUUCCUGUCUACCUACUAGUAUCUUCCUGUCUAUCUACUAGUAUCUUCCUGUCUACCUACUAGUAUCUUCCUGUAUACCUUCUAGUAUCUUCCUGUAUACCUACUACAUGUAUAAGUCCUUAUUUGCGUACUAGACACUAGAUUCUGUGUUGAUUCAUGAGAAUUGGCUUCUCUUUCUGUCUGAAUCAGAUCCAUUACACUACACUGUUCCAUUGGUUGUCAGAUCAAUUCGCCCAGCCAUAACAUGUGUACAACAACCAUAAAGUGUAUCGGCAUGGUCACAGAUCUGUUUAUGCUGUCUCGGAUUAUACCAUAAAGUAAAACGCCUGGUCCCAGAUCUGUUUAUGCUGUCUAGCCAGCUCCUCUGGUCAUUACCUAGCCUGGUCCCAGAUCUGUUUAAUCAGACAUGGUCUUUGUAAAUGUUACAUGAUUCUCUGCCUGUGGAUUAAUAACACACACACACUAGCAUCAAAUUAAAUCAAAUGUAUUUAUAAAGCCCUUUUUACAUCAGCAGAUGUCACAAAGUGCUUAUACAGAAACUCCCUGGAAAGGCAGGAACCUAGGAAGAAACCUAGAGAGGGACAAGGCUCUGAGGGGUGGCCAGUCCACAUCUGGCUAUGCCAGGUGGUGAUACCAUGUGUUGCACUGAUACCAACGUCCUCAAUAUCAUGUAGAUACUUUAUGUAUAUAAUGUCUCAAAAUUACAAUUAAUGUGAUAUCUGAUAAUACCCCUACUGCUGCAAAUAAGCAUCUGGAAUUUAUUUCCAGUUUGUCUUUUGUGUCCAAUAUCUAAUAUUUAUCUGUUCAAAUUCUAAUACUUACAGUACCAGUCAAAAGUUUGGACACACCUACUCAUUACAGGGUUUUUCUUUAUUUUUACUAUUUUUUACUGUGUAGAAUAAUAGUGAAGACAUCAAAACUAUGAAAUAACACAUAUGGAAUCAUGUAGUAACCAAAACAGUGUUAAACAAAUCAAAAUAGAUUUUAUAUUUGAGAUUCUUAAAAUAGCCACCCUUUUGCCUUGAUGACAGCUUUGCACACCCUUGGUGUUCUCUCAACCAGCAUCACCUGGAAUGCUUUUCCAACAGUCUUGACGGAGUUCCCACAUAUGCUGAGCACUUGUUGGCAGCUUUUCCUUCACUCUGCCGUCCGACUCAUCCCAAACCAUCUCAUUUGGGUUGAGGUCGGGGGAUCUGUCGUAGCCGGCCGCGACCGGGAGACCCAUGGGGCGGCGCACAAUUGGCCCAGGGUAGGGGAGAGAAUGGCCGGCAGGGAUGUAGCUCAGUUUGUAGAGCAUGGCGUUUGCAACGCCAGGGUUGUGGGUUCGAUUCCCAAGGGGGGUAUGAAAAAAAUCAAAAAUAAAUAUGUAUGCACUCACUAACUGUAAGUCGCUCUGGAUAAGAGCGUCUGCUAAAUGACUAAAAUGUAAAUGUAAAAUGUAAUUGUGGAGGCCAAGUCAUCUGAUGCAGCACUCCAUCACUCUCCUUCUUGGUCAAAUAGCCCUCACACAGCCUGGAGGUGUGUUGAGUCAUUGUCCUGUUUGAAAAACAAAUGAUAGUCCCACUAAGCCCAAACCAGAUGGGAUGGCAUAUCGCUGCAGAAUGCUGUGGUAGCCAUGCUGAUUAAGUAAAAAAAAAAAUAUCACAGACAGUGUCACCAGAAAAGCACCCCCACACCAUAACACCUCCUCCUCCAUGCUUUACGGUGGGAAAUACACAUGCGGAGAUCAUCCGUUCACCCACACCACGUCUCACAAAGACACGGCGGUUGGAACCAAAAAUCUCCAAUUUGGACUCCAGACCAAAGGACACAUUUCCACCGGUCUAAUGUCCAUUGCUCGUGUUUUUUCAGGCCCAAGCAAGUCUCUUCUUCUUAUUGGUGUCCUUUAGUAGUGGUUUCUUUGCAGCAAUUUAACCAUGAAGGCUUGAUUCACGCAGUCUCCUCUGAACAGUUGAUGUUGAGAUGUGUCUGUUACUUGAACUCUGUGAAGCAUUUAUUUGGGCUGCAAUUUCUGAGGCUGGUAACUCUAAGGAACUUAUCCUCUGCAGCAGUGGUAACUCUGGGUCUUCCUUUCCUGUGGCGGUCCUCAUUAGAGCCAGUUUCAUCAUAGCGCUUGAUGGUUUUUGCGACUGCACUUGAAGAAACUUUCAAAGUUCUUGAAAUGUUCCGUAUUGACUGACCUUCAUGUCUUAAAGUAAUGAUGGACUGUUGUUUCUCUUUGCUUAUUUGAGCUGUUCUUGCCAUAAAAUGGACUUGGUCUUUUACCAAAUAGGUAUAUCUUCUGUAUACCCCCCCCUACCUUGUCACAACACAACUGAUUGGCUCAAACGCAUUAAGAAGGAAAGAAAUUCCACAAAUUAACUUUUAAGAAGGCACAUGUAUCUGUUCAAUAUCUAAUACUUAUCUGUCCCCCUCCCCCCCCCCCCCGUCCCCCCCUUGCAUUGUGUGUGUGUGUAUACUUGUCUGUCUGUCUGUCUGUCUGUCUGUCUGUCUGUCUGUCUGUCUGUCUGUCUGUCUGUCUGUCUGUCUGUCUGUCUGUCUGUCUGUCUGCCUGCCUGCCUGCCUGCCUGCUUGCCUGCCUGCCUGCCUGCCUGCCUGCCUGCCUGCCUGCCUGCCUGCCUGCCUGCCUGUCUGUCUGUCUGUCUGUCUGUCUGCCUGUCUGUCCUAGGUGAUGCCCUAGACAUAGCAGACCUGACCUUGGUGAACCCUGACCCCAUGGUGACAUCAUCAGACUCCUCCCUCCACUGUGUCAGUAGUGACUGGACCUCCCGGCAGGACAGUGAUGCCUCCAGCUUCAGCAGUACCCUGGGUAUGGAAUGGGACUUUCACACAAGAUGAACACAUUACGUUUGCAAUUCUAACACAUUCCAUGGCAUGUGAAAUGUCUUGAAAACCUGUUUCCAAUACAUUUUAAUUUAUUUAGGAAUUAAGAAAUGCGCUACAAACUAGCUUUUCAGGUAAACUUGUGAAAGCAAACAGCAAAGACAAGGUAGAAUGCAUUUUUAACAUGUUAAAAUUCAUUUUGCGUUACAAUAAAGUCAUUAUUGUGUAAUACUUGUAUUUCCAACUGGUUUUUAACAUGUACAUUUCCGUUAGGUAUGGGCCGUGACUUCCCCCUGACCCACCCCCAGAGCCUGCCUGUCAGCCCCGAUACAGCCUACCACCAUGCCUCCAAGAUGGAGUGGAAGACUCGCAGUGAUGUCUUUGGGGAGUUCUACUGCAGGGCAAAAAAUAGUGAUACAAAUCAGAUUUACACAUAUAAGAUGCUAAAUGAAGGUAAUAACGCAUUGAUAUUGUGUUCUAACCUGUACAGGUCUGUUUUAUUGUUUUGAGGCUUUCCUAUCUUUGUGGUGAACGGUUGUGGCUAUGAGGCCACACAGGGUGCACACUGCUUUCAUUGCAAGAUGUUCCUAAAUGAAACACUUAACAACCGAUUGAUAAUGAGGAUACAUACUGUUAUUCUGACUCCCUAUUGAAACACUAACCCACCACUGAGAGUCAAGUUAUCUACCCACCACUGAGAGUCAAGUUAUCUACCCACCACUGAGAGUCAAGUUAUCUACCCACCACUGAGAGUCAAGUUAUCUACCCACCACUGAGAGUAAAGUUAUCUACCCACCACUGAGAGUCAAGUUAUCUACCCACCACUGAGAGUCAAGUUAUCUACCCACCACUGAGAGUAAAGUUAUCUACCCACCACUGAGAGUAAAGUUGUCUACCCACCACUGAGAGUAAAGUUAUCUACCCACCACUAAGAGUAAAGUUGUGUUUGUGUUUGCCUCCCCAGCUGUGUUUCUACCAAAGUCCCUAACCAUCACAGUCAGUAUAGGAGAAGAUGUCAACAUCUGUUUCACUCGCAGGAAAGUAUUCGCAGAGGACGCAGUCAUCUAUAAGAAUGGUAAACCUUACAGUAUGUAAAUAGUUAUAUCGUUAUGUUGCUUGUUUGUUUGUUUGUUUGUAUAAAAGUGUAUUUUAUUUUUGUAUUGUCAUGGUUGCUGAUAUCUCUCUGUGACGUGAUCCUCCAAUAUUCACUAACCAGUCAUUUUGUUAUGUACACCCAUCUAGUACUGGGUCAAGGCCCCCUUUGCCCCCUUUGCCUCCAGAACAGCAUGAAUUCUUCGGGUCAUGGAUUCUACAAGGCGUCAGAAACGUUCCACAGGGAUGUUGGUCCAUGCUGACGCCAUGGCGUCACGUAGUUGCUGCAGAUUGGACGGCGGUACAUUCAUGCUGCCAACAGCCCGUUCCAUCUCAUCCCAAAGAUACUCUAUUGGGUUUGGUCAGCGACAAUGUUCAGAUACGCUGUGGCGUCAAUCGUUGCUCAAUUGGUAUCAAGGGACCUAACGUGUGCCAGGAAAACAUUCCCCACACCAGCACACCACCGCCACCAGCCUGUACCGUUGACACCAGGCAGGAUGGCGCCAUGGACUCGUGCUGCUUACACCAAACCAUGACUCUGCCAUCAGCAUGACGCAACAGGAACCGGGAUUAAUCGGACCUGGCAAUGUUUUUCCACUCCUCAGUUGUCCAGUGUUGGUGAUGGCGUGCCCACUGGAGCCACUUCUUCUUGUUUUUAGCUGAUAGGAGUGGAACCCGGUGUGGUCGUCUUCUGCAAUAGCCCGUCCGUGACAAGGACCAACGAGUUGUGCGUUCCAAGAUGCCGUUCUGCACACCACUGUUGUACUGCGCCGUUAUUUGUAUGUUUGUGGCUCGCCUGUUAGCUUGCACGAUUCUUGCCAUUCUCCUUGGACCUCUCAUCAAUGAGCUGUUUUCGCCCACAGGACUGCAGCUGACUGGAUGUUUUUGGUAUGUCGCAGCACCAUUCUCGGUAAACCCUAAACCAUGGAUCGUGAACUAGAUUCAGCCGCGGGACGAUUUUUUUCUUGAGCAGAUGGUCGGGGGACCGGAACAUAAUUACAAAUAAUUUGUAGACUGCAAAUUGACUGCAAGAAGCCCAAACAGAUGUAAUAUUUGACUAAAACAUAAUCAUUUCAAACCUUGCUUACACAUCUUUCUUUUACGCGUGGGAAUACUUGGGAACAGAUUUCCAAAAUGAAAAUCACUUGGAGCUGAUUUCCUGCUGUUUUCACAGUAUUUUAUGUCCAACAAUGAAAAUGAUAAAUUAUAAAAACAUUUACAGUACCAGUCAAAAGUUUGGACACACCUCCUCAUUCAAGGGUUUUUCUUUAUUUUUACUAUUUUCUACAUUGUAGAGUAUUAGUGAAGACAUCAAAACCAUGAAAUAACACAUAUGGAAUCAUGUAGUAACCAGAAAAGUGUUAAACAAAUCAAAAUAUAUUUUAGAUUUUAGAUUCUUCAAAGUAGCCACCCUUUGCCUUGAUGACAGAUUUGCAAAUUGUCCGGGUAGCCAUUUGAUGAGCUGUUCAGGAGUCUUAUGGCUUGGGGGUAGAAGCUGUUAAGAAGCCUUUUGGACCUAGACUUGACGCUCCAGUACCGCUUGCUGUGCAGUAGCAGAGAGAACAGUCUAUGACUUGGGUGACUGGAGUCUUUGACCAUUUUUAGGGCCUUCCUCUGACACCACCUGGUAUAGAGGUCCUGGAUGGCAGGAAGCUUGGCCCCAGUGAUGUACUGGGCCGUACCCUCUGUAGUGCCUUGCGGUCAAAGGCUGAGCAGUUGCCAUACCAGGCGGUAAUGCAACUCGACAGGAUGCUCUGGAUGGUGCAGCUGUAGAACUUUUUGAGGAUCUGAGGAUCAUGCCAAAUCUUUUCAGUCUCCUGAGGGGGAAUAGGCUUUGUCGUGCCCUCUUCACGACUGUCUUGGUGUGUUUGGACCAUGAUAGGUUGUUGGUGAUGUGGACACCAAGGAACUUGUGCAAUAUAGACUUGGUCUUUUACCAAAUAGGGCUAUCUUCUGUAUAUCAACCCUACCUUGUCACAUAAAAAAAAAAAAAAAACACAACUGAUUGGCUCAAACGCAUUAAGAAGGAAAGAAAUUCCACAAAUUAACUUUUAACAAGGCACACCUGUUAAUUGAAAUCCAUUCCAGGUGACUACCUCAUGAAGCUGGUUGAGAGAAUGCCAAGAGUGUGCAAAGCUGUCAUCAAGGCAAAGGGUGGCUACUAUAAUAAUAAUUUCAAAUAUAAAAUAUAUUUUGAUUUCUUUAGCACUUUUUUGGUUACUACAUGAUUCAGUAUGUGUUAUUUCAUAGUUUUGAUGUCUUCACUAUUAUUCUACAAUGUAGAAAAAUAGUAAAAAUUAAGAAAAACCCUGGAACGAGUAGGUCUGUCCAAACCUUUGACUGGUACUGUAUAUAUCUUUACAUUUUUUUGCUCUAAAAACUUGGGAGGCCAAAUAAGGCUAGCAGGUCGCCAGUUGGGGUGAAAAGCCCAGGAGGGCGGCCGUUUCUGAGAUACUGGAUCCGGCGCAACUGGCACCGAUGAUCACACCACACUCAAAGCCGCUUAGGUCUCUCGUUUUGCCCGUUCUAACGUUCAAUCGAACAGUGACUGAAUGCCUCGAUGCCUGUCUGCCUGCUUUAAAUAUAGCAAACCACGUCCACGUGACUCAAGGUCUGCAGGAGCGAUCCAUUUUCGUGAACGGCGUGGUGUACAUAAUAAACUAGCCACGUGUAUUGUAUAUUGUUUUCUGAUAGGUUUUAUUUUUAUUUUUUUAUGCCCAUAUUGUGUACAUGCUAUUCUUAACCUGACUACACCACAUUGGAAGGCCCAAAAAAUGGUCAAAGGCUCCAGCCACCCAAGUCAGAGACUGUUCUCUCUGCUACCGCACGGCAAUCGGUACCGAAGCGCCAAGUCUAGGUCCAAAAGGCUCCUUAACAGCUUCUACCCCCCAAGCCAUAAGACUGCUGAACAAUUAAUCAAAUGGCCACCCGGACUACUUACAUUGACCCCCGCACAUUGACUCAGUACCGGUACCCCCCUGUAUAUAGCCUUCCUACUGUUAUUUCCCAUUGACUCUGUACCGGUACCCCCUGUAUAUAGCCUCCCUACUGUUAUUACACAUUGACUCUGUACCGGUACCCCCUGUAUAUAGCCUCCCUACUGUUAUUACACAUUGACUCAGUACCGGUACCCCCUGUAUAUAGCCUCCCUACUGUUAUUACACAUUGACUCUGUACCGGUACCCCCUGUAAUAGCCUCCCUAGUUAUUUCACUUAUCGUACCGGGACCCCCCUGUUUUAGCCCCUAUGUUAUUACACAUUUACUCGUCCGGUACCCCCCCCUUUUAGCCUCCCUACUGUUAUUCCCUUGAUCUGUACCGGUACCCCCCCCGUAUAUAGCCUCCUACUGUAUUCCAUUGACUCGUACCCGGGACCCCGUUUUAGCCUCCCACUUUUAUUACACUUGACUGGCCCGGGGUUUAAACCCCCCCCCCCCCGUAUAAGCCUCCCUCUUAUUCCUGACUCUGUACCGGGCCCCCUGUAUUACCCCUUACUGUUUUUCACAUUGAUUCAACCGGGGACCCCCCCCGUAUAUAGCCUCCCUACUUUAUUAAAAAUUGACUCAUCCGGUCCCCCUGAUAUGCCUCAUUAUUGUUAUUUUAGUGUGUUACUUUUAUUUUACUUUAUUUUAUUUAGUAAAUAUUUUCUUAACUCUUUCUUGAACUGCAUUGCUGGUUAAGGGCUUGUAAGUAAGUAUUUCACUGUAAGGUCUGCACCUGUUGGGCUUGGACGUACCAAAUGUCUCAGUGUAGAAGUGCUGAUAUAGGAUCAGGUCUCCAUGUAAUUUUAUACGUUGUGAUCUAAAAUUCUAAACUGAUCCGUGAUCAGCACUCCUACUCUGAGAGAGGCUUGAUGCAUAUGGCCCCCCUGGUCAACAAUAUUUAGCCCCUCAUGUUAACACUGAUCUUCAGCAUGUAGUUAUUUAUCUACCUUAAGCUGAAUGCACUGACUGUAAGUCACUCUGGAUAAGAGUGUCUGCUGAGGGAUGGAUCGAAAUUUACAGAAUGGUGGAAAAUGGGGGGGGGUCAUGCUUUUAACAUUCCAGUCCAGGGGAGGGUUUAGUAUUUUUUUUAAUAAAUCUAGUCCAGGGGAGGGGGGGAGGGUCAUGUAAUGUGUAAUUGAUGAAAUUUCAAUAUUUUCUCAGUGUUUUAUGAUUUGUUGCUUUUUAGGCUAUAUAUCAAUGUCUGGCAGAUGCUGCCCCUCAUCUCUGAUUCUCCGCUGGGGGCGCGCAAUAGGCUGUAGGCUACGAAGUGCAUGCUGGGAGAAGCACAGAGCAAAGUUAUAUUUCUUAGAUAGCUGCUGGGAUGGUGUAAAUAAAACUACCCUGACCCCCGGCCUGCUCUGCUCUCGCUGAUCAAAACCUUUUGCCUAACUAACACUGUGCUGUGUAGGCCUACAGUGACAGUUCAGGAGGAGAGUCGAAGGCGUCUUUCAAUAUAUAUUUUUUUGAUUAGGCCUAGUCCCCAAAAUAGCCUACUGUAGGCCUAUCUCUCUGUCCAUUCUUAGCCUGUCAUUUCGGUCAUUUGUGUGGAAUUAAAAAUAUUCUACUAAUAUGUAAAAUGACAUGGCCAUUUUUUCUCUGACCUGCAAAUAAGAUAAUAGAUGAAUGCAAUGCUUUUACUAUAAAGGAGAUCUUUCCACCCCUACUGUUGUCCACGGUGGUCUGCGAACCCACAACCUUCUGGCCCGCAGCCCUGUGCGCUGUCAACAUCGUUGGUCUGCGAACCCACAACCUUCUGGCCCGCAGCCCUGUGCGCUGUCAACAUCGUUGGUCUGCGAACCCACAACCUUCUGGACCGCAGCCCUGUGCGCUGUCAACAUCGUUGCGUUGCCGUUUAAUGAUUACAGGAGGAAGAACCGUUUCUAAAACUGCAUAUCUAAGGCUCUGGUCUGUCCAGGAAGUGAAACGGUAGACAUGUUCUCUGCUAUCCACCUUGUUGUAAUAAUUAUUUUGGGUACAGGGGAGGGUCACUUGUUUAGUUUUUUUCAAGUGUUCAGGGAGGGUUAAGGUCCAAUAUGUUUUGCUGAAGGGAUCCGUUUUCAUUUCCGAGAGGUCCGGUUUACUCCAUGCAACUCUUAUCAUAAACAACGUUCACUCACCAUGUAACCAAAGUGUGAAUGUAAUGUGAAACCUCUUGUCUCUCUCAGGCUCCUUCAUUCACUCAGUACCUAAGAAUGAGAUCCCAGACAUCCUGGUGUACCCCGUCCAGGGAGUGGCGUCUUCAGACGCAGGUCUCUACACAGCCAGGUCCAUCGCUGGAGCCAAGUCCACAUCAGCCAUCACCAGGCUCAUCGUCAGAAGUUAGUACUUUUACACAAUACUACCCAAUACCACCAAAUACUACUGUAAUACUACCCAAUAACACCAAAUACUACUGUAAUACUACCCAAUACCACCAAAUACUACUGUAAUACUACCCAACUCUACCAAAUACUACUGUAAUACUACCCAAUACCACCAAAUACUACUGUAAUACUACCCAAUACCACCAAAUACUACUGCAAUACUACCCAAUACUACCCAUUACUACACCCUACUACAGCAGUACAACCCAAUACCCUAUAAUACCCAAUACUACAGAAUACUACCCAAUACUACUGCAGUUCUACUUCUACACAAUACUAUUGUAGUACUACACAAUGUUCCUUAUUCUACCAAAACAACCCGUUUUUUGCUUUCGUCAGUUUUGUGUGAAACUUGUAUCUGUUAGCUACACUGGAAAUUCAAUUGACCAUUUAGAAUUGACUCAAGCCAACUAAAUGUAGUGUAUCCAUUGCAGCCCCAACACAUUUCGGUCCAGGAUUAUUUUCCCUCAGCCCAGAGAAUUCCUUUCUAACAAGUGCUCUAUGUUUCAAUCCCAGAAUGCAAGGCUGGCCUGUGGGGUCCUAGCUGUCAACAUAGCUGUCCUCUGUGCUCUAACGGAGGGGUCUGUCAUGACGAGACAGGAGAAUGCAUCUGUCCACCUGGCUUCAAGGGACACACCUGUGAAACUGGUAAAAAGCCAAUGAAUGCUGACUAUAAAUGUCUUUGUAAAAAACACAUAAUCUAAUAUCCUGGUAGGCCUUCAUCUCAUAUCUAAUAUCCUGGUAGGCCUUCAUCUCAUAUCUAAUAGACUGGUAGGCCUUCAUCUCAUAUCUAAUAGACUGGUAGGCCUUCAUCUCAUAUCUAAUAGACUGGUAGGCCUACAUCUCAUAUCUAAUAGCCUGGUAGGCCUUCAUCUCAUAUCUAAUAGACUGGUAGGCCUUCAUCUCAUAUCUAAUAGACUGGUAGGCCUUCAUCUCAUAUCUAAUAUCCUGGUAGGCCUACAUCUCAUAUCUAAUAGCCUGGUAGGCCUUCAUCUCAUAUCUAAUAGCCUGGUAGGCCUACAUCUCAUAUCUAAUAUCCUGGUAGGCCUACAUCUCAUAUCUAAUAGACUGGUAGGCCUUCAUCUCAUAUCUAAUAGACUGGUAGGCCUUCAUCUCAUAUAUAAUAUCCUGGUAGGCCUACAUCUCAUAUCUAAUAGACUGGUAGAUGAAGGGGAGGAGACAUGUUAAAGAAGGAUUUUUAAGUCUUGAGACAAUAGAGACAUGGAUUGUGUGCCAUUCAGAGGAAGAAUGGGCAAGACAAAACAUUCAAGUGCCUUUGAACGGGGUAUGGUAGUAGUUGCCAGGUGCACCGGUUUGUGUCAAGAACUGCAACGCUGCUGGGUUUUACACACUCAACAGUUUCGAGUGUGUUUCAAGAACGGUCCACCACCCAAAAGACAUCCAGACAACUUGACUGUGGGAAGCAUUGGAGGCAACAUGGGCCAGCAUCCCUGUGGAACGCUUUCGACGCCUUGUAGAUUCCAUGCCCCGACAAAUUGAGGCUGUUCUGAGGGCAAAAGGGGGGGUGUUCUUAAUGUUUUGUACAUUCUUAUUUAACUUAUAUAAAUUAUAUAUAUAUUUAUCAUCAUAGGCUUUUCUUUUCAAUGUUAGAAUUGUUUAAUUGAAAACCUUUAUUGCCCCGAAGGGAAUCUGUUUUUAGAUUAUAGAAUUAUAGAAUGUAGUCGAGUUAUAGUGGAAUGUGUUUUAUUGUCUACUAAAUGUGUUCUGGCUGAUUAUACUGCUGGGGUUUAAUGCUGUAGUCUGCUACUAAAUGUGUUCUGGCUGAUUAUACUGCUGGGGUUUAAUGCUGUAGUCUGCUACUAAAUGUGUUCUGGCUGAUUAUACUGCUGGGGUUGAAUGCUGUAGUCUGCUACUAAAUGUGUUCUGGCUGAUUAUACUGCUGGGGUUUAAUGCUGUAGUCUGCUACUAAAUGUGUUCUGGCUGAUUAUACUGCUGGGGUUUAAUGCUGUAGUCUGCUACUAAAUGUGUUCUGGCUGAUUAUACUGUUCUGGGGUUUAAUGCUGUAGUCUGCUACUAAAUGUGUUCUGGCUGAUUAUACUGCUGGGGUUUAAUGCUGUAGUCUGCUACUAAAUGUGUUCUGGCUGAUUAUACUGCUGGGGUUUAAUGUUGUAGUCUGCUACUAAAUGUGUUCUGGCUGAUUAUACUGCUGGGGUUUAAUGCUGUAGUCUGCUACUAAAUGUGUUCUGGCUGAUUAUACUGCUGGGGUUUAAUGCUGUAGUCUGCUACUAAAUGUGUUCUGGCUGAUUAUACUGCUGGGGUUUAAUGCUGUAGUCUGCUACUAAAUGUGUUCUGGCUGAUUAUACUGCUGGGGUUUAAUGCUGUAGUCUGCUACUAAAUGUGUUCUGGCUGAUUAUACUGCUGGGGUUUAAUGCUGUAGUCUGCUACUAAAUGUGUUCUGGCUGAUUAUACUGCUGGGGUUUAAUGCUGUAGUCUGCUACUAAAUGUGUUCUGGCUGAUUAUACUGCUGGGGUUUAAUGCUGUAGUCUGCUACUAAAUGUGUUCUGGCUGAUUAUACUGCUGGGGUUUAAUGCUGUAGUCUGCUACUAAAUGUGUUCUGGCUGAUUAUACUGCUGGGGUUUAAUGCUGUAGUCUGCUACUAAAUGUGUUCUGGCUGAUUAUACUGCUGGGGUUUAAUGCUGUAGUCUGCUACUAAAUGUGUUCUGGCUGAUUAUACUGCUGGGGUUUAAUGCUGUAGUCUGCUACUAAAUGUGUUCUGGCUGAUUAUACUGCUGGGGUUUAAUGCUGUAGUCUGCUACUAAAUGUGUUCUGGCUGAUUAUACUGCUGGGGUUUAAUGCUGCAGUCUGCUAUCUGGCUCUUUGGAAUGUUUCCUAAUCACCAUGGAAUGUUGGUAGGGGACUUUAGAAUUCUGGAAUGCUCUGUAAUUGCACACUCAUUUGCUUUACUACGCUGUGUGGUGAGGGCAGUGUUUGGCGAGGGCAGUGUGUGGCGAGGGCAGUGUGCGGCGAGGGCAGUGUGUGGCGAGGGCAGUGUGCGGCGAGGGCAGUGUGUGGAGAGGGCAGUGUGUGGCGAGGGCAGUGUGUGGCGAGGGAAGUGUGUGGCGAGGGCAGUGUUUGGCGAGGGCAGUGUGUGGCGAGGGCAGUGUUUGGCGAGGGCAGUGUGUGUGGCGAGGGCAGUGUGUGGAGAGGGCAGUGUUUGGCGAGGGCAGUGUGUGGCGAGGGCAGUGUUUGGCGAGGGCAGUGUGUGUGGCGAGGGCAGUGUGUGGAGAGGGCAGUGUGUGGCGAGGGCAGUGUGUGGCGAGGGCAGUGUUUGGCGAGGGCAGUGUGUGGCGAGGGCAGUGUUUGGCGAGGGCAGUGUGUGUGGCGAGGGCAGUGUGUGGAGAGGGCAGUGUGUGGAGAGGGCAGUGUGUGGUGAGGGCAGUGUUUGGCGAGGGCAGUGUGGUGGGCGAGGGCAGUGUGUGUGGCGAGGGCAGUGUGUGGCGAGGGCAGUGUGGUGGAGAGGGCAGUGUGGGGAGAGGGCAGUGUGUGGCGAGGGCAGUGUGUGGCGAGGGCAGUGUGUGGCGAGGGCAGUGUGUGGAGAGGGCAGUGUGUGGAGAGGGCAGUGUGUGGAGAGGGCAGUGUGUGGAGAGGGGCAGUGUGUGGCGAGGGCAGUGUGUGGAGAGGGCAGUGUGUGGAGAGGGCAGUGUGUGGCGAGGGCAAUGUUUAGCGAGGGCAGUGUGUGUCGAGGGCAGUGUGUGGCGAGGGCAGUGUGUGGCGAGGGCAGUGUGUGUCGAGGGCAGUGUGUGGCGAGGGCAGUGUGUGUCGAGGGCAGUGUUUGGCGAGGGCAGUGUGUGGGCGAGGGCAGUGUUUAGCGAGGGCAGUGUGUGGCGAGGGCAGUGUGUGGCGAGGGCAGUGUGUGUGGCGAGGGCAGUGUGUGGCGAGGGCAGUGUGUGGAGAGGGCAGUGUGUGGAGAGGGCAGUGUGUGGCGAGGGCAGUGUGUGGCGAGGGCAGUGUGUGGCGAGGGCAGUGUGUGGAGAGGGCAGUGUGUGGAGAGGGCAGUGUUUGGCGAGGGCAGUGUGUGGCGAGGGCAGUGUGUGUGGCGAGGGCAGUGUGUGGAGAGGGCAGUGUGUGGAGAGGGCUUUGUGUGGCGAGGGCAGUGUGUGGCGAGGGCAGUGUUUAGCGAGGGCAGUGUGUGGCGAGGAAGUGUGUGGCGAGGGAAGUGUGUGUGGGCGAGGGCAGUGUGUGGCGAGGGCAGUGUGUGGCGAGGGCAGUGUGUGGCGAGGGCAGUGUUUGGCGAGGGCAGUGUGUGGAGAGGGCAGUGUGUGGCGAGGGCAGUGUGUGGCGAGGGCAGUGUGUGGCGAGGGCAGUGUGUGGAGAGGGCAGUGUGUGGCGAGGGCAGUGUGUGGAGAGGGCAGUGUGUGGAGAGGGCAGUGUGUGGCGAGGGCAGUGUGUGGCGAGGGCAGUGUGUGGAGAGGGAAGUGUGUGGAGAGGGCAGUGUGUGGCGAGGGCAGUGUGUGGCGAGGGCAGUGUUUGGCGAGGGCAGUGUUUGGCGAGGGCAGUGUGUGGCGAGGGCAGUGUGUGGCGAGGGCAGUGUGUGGCGAGGGCAGUGUGUGGAGAGGGCAGUGUGUGGCGAGGGCAGUGUGUGGAGAGGAAAGUGUUUGGAGAGGGCAGUGUGUGGCGAGGGCAGUGUGUGGAGAGGGCAGUGUGUGGAGAGGGCAGUGUGUGGAGAGGGCAGUGUGUGGAGAGGGCAGUGUGUGGAGAGGGCAGUGUGUGGAGAGGGCAGUGUGUGGAGAGGGCAGUGUGUGGCGAGGGAAGUGUUUGGCGAGGUCAGUGUGUGGAGAGGGCAGUGUGUGGCGAGGGCAGUGUGUGGCGAAGGCAGUGUGUGGUAAUCAAAUGUCUGCGUCCCAAAUGGAACCCUGUUCACUACUUUUGAUCAGUAUAUAUCACUAGAUUUGAUAUAGUGCACUACUUUCGACCAGGGCCCAUAGUAGUACAUGCAUUAUAUAGGGAAUAGGGUUCCGUUUUGGAAGCACCCAUGUUAGUCAAAGACCAAUGUUUUCCAGUGUGUGGCGAGGACAGUGUGUUGUAAUAAAAUACUGAUUUAUUUUCCAGUGUGUGGCGAGGGUAAGUUUGGGAGGACGUGUAAGGAGUGGUGUAGAGACGGAUACUGCAGGUCCAUGGUGUUCUGUCAGAGAGAUCCAUACGGCUGCUCCUGUGGUGCCGGCUGGAAAGGAUUCAACUGUAGUGAAGGUGAAGGGGGGAGGGGCUAUUCUCUGUACUGAUAUACACUGAUAUGUUCAUGAAGUUCUAUGAAAAUGGACAAUACAGUUAGCCUGGUGGUCCCAGAUCUGUUUUUGCUGAGUUGACAAGACAGUCGACAGAAUUAUUGUAUCGUAUUGCAUCAUAUCGUAUUGGAUCGCAUCGUAUUGUAUCAUAUUGUAUUGUAUCGUAUUGUAUAUUAUUGUAUCAUAUCAUAUGGUAUGGUAUUGAAUUGUAUUGUAUUGUAUUGUAUCGUAUCGUAUUGUAUUGUAUCAUAUGAUAUCGUAUUGUAUCAUAUUGUAUCGUAUUGUAUAUUAUUGUAUCAUAUCUUAUUGUAUUGUAUCAUAUUGUAUCAUAUUGUAUUGUAAUGUAUCGUAUUGUAUCGUAUCGUAUUGUAUCAUAUAGUCACUAGCCCAUUCAAGCUUAACAUCCUUGUCAUUUAUCGCCCUCCAGGUUCCCUUGGAGAGUUCAUCAAUGAGCUUGACGCCUUGAUAAGUUCCUUUCCUGAGGAUGGCUCACCCCUCACAGUUCUGGGUGACUUUAACCUCCCUACGUCUGCUUUUGACUCAUUUCUCUCUGCCUCCUUCUUUCCACUCCUUUCCUCUUUUGACCUCAUCCUCACACCGUCCCCCCCUACUCACAAGGCAGGCAAUACGCUUGACCUCAUCUUUACUAGAUGCUGUUCUUCUACUAAUCUCACUGCAACUCCCCUCCAUGUCUCUGACCACUACUUCGUAUCCUUUUCUCUAUCGCUCUCCUCCAACACUACUCACUCUGCCCCUACACAGAUGGUAAUGUGCCGUCGCAACCUUCGCUCUCUCUCUCCCGCUACUCUCUCCUCUUCCAUCCUAUCAUCUCUUCCCUCUGCUAAAUCCUUCUCCCUCCAAUCUCCUGAUUCUGCCUCCUCAACCCUCCUCUCCUCCCUCUCUGAAUCUUUUGACUCUCUAUGUCCCCUAUCCUCCCGGCCGGCUCGGUCCUCCCCUCCUGCUCCGUGGCUUGACGAUUCAUUGCGAGCUCACAGAACAGGGCUCCGGACAGCCGAGCGGAAAUGGAAGAAAACUAGACUCCCUGCGGACCUGGCAUCUUUUCACUCCCUCCUCUCUACAUUUUCUUCCUCUGUUUCCGCUGCUAAAGCCACUUUUUACCACUCUAAAUGUCAUGCCUCUGCCUCUAACCCUAGGAAGCUCUUUGCCACCUUCUCCUCCCUGCUGAAUCCUCCUCCUCCCCCUCCCUCCUCCCUCUCUGUGGAUGACUUCGUCAACCAUUUUGAAAAUAAGGUUGACGACAUCCGAUCCUCAUUUAUUAAGUCAAAUGACACCGCUGGUCCUGCUCACACUGCCCUACCCUAUGCUUUGACUUCUUUCUCCCCUCUCUCUCCAGAUGAAAUCUUGCGAAUUGUGACGGCCGGCCGCCCAACAACCUGCCCGCUUGACCCUAUCCCCUCCUCUCUUCUCCAGACCAUUUCCGGAGACCUUCUCCCUAACCUCACCUCGCUCAUCAAUUCAUCCUUGUCCGUUGGCUAUGUCCCUUCCAUCUUCAAGAAAGCGAGAGUUGCACCCCUCCUCAAAAAACCUACACUCGAUCCCUCCGAUGUCAACAACUACAGACCAGUAUCCCUUCUUUCUUUUCUCUCCAAAACUCUUGAGCGUGCCGUCUAUAGCCAACUCUCCUGCUAUCUCUCUCAGAAUGACCUUCUUGAUCCAAACCAGUCAGGUUUCAAGACUGGUCAUUCAACUGAGACUGCUCUUCUCUGUGUCACGGAGGCUCUCCGCACUGCAAAAGCUAACUCUCUCUCCUCUGCUCUCAUCCUUCUAGACCUGUCUGCUGCCUUUGAUACUGUGAACCAUCAGAUCCUCCUCUCCACCCUCUCCACCCUCUCCAAGUUGGGCAUCUCCGGCGCGGCUCACUCUUGGAUUGCGUCCUACCUGACAGGUCGCUCCUACCAGGUGGCGUGCUCUCACCACUGGUGUCCCCCAGGGCUCAGUUCUAGGCCCUCUCCUAUUCUCUAUAUACACCAAGUCACUUGGCUCUGUCAUAUCCUCACAUGGUCUCUCCUAUCAUUGCUACGCAGACGACACACAAUUCAUCUUCUCCUUUCCCCCUUCUGAUAACCAGGUGGCGAAUCGCAUCUCUGCAUGUCUGGCAGACAUAUCAGUGUGGAUGUCGGAUCACCACCUCAAGCUGAACCUCGGCAAGACUGAGCUGCUCUUCCUCCCGGGGAAGGACUGCCCGCUCCAUGAUCUUGCCAUCACAGUUGACAACUCCGUUGUGUCCUCCUCCCAGAGUGCAAUGAACCUUGGCGUGACCCUGGACAACACCCUGUCGUUCUCCGCUAACAUCAAAGCGGUGACCCGAUCCUGUAGGUUCAUGCUCUACAGCAUUCGCAGAGUACGACCCUACCUUACACAGGAAGCGGCACAGGUCCUAAUCCAGGCACUUGUCAUCUCCCGUCUGGAUUACUGCAACUCGCUGUUGGCUGGGCUCCCUGCCUGUGCCAUUAAACCCCUACAACUCAUCCAGAACGCUGCAGCCCGUCUGGUGUUCAACCUUCCCAAGUUCUCUCACGUCACCCCGCUCCUCCGCACACUCCACUGGCUUCCAGUUGAAGCUCGCAUCUGCUACAAGACCAUGGUGCUUGCCUACGGAGCUGUGAGGGGAACGGCACCUCCUUACCUUCAGGCUCUGAUCAGUCCCUACACCCAAACGAGGGCAUUGUGUUCUUCCACCUCUGGCCUGCUGGUCCCCCUACCUCUGAGGAAGCACAGUUCCCGCUCAGCCCAGUCAAAACUAUUCGCUGCUCUGGCACCCCAAUGGUGGAACAAGCACCCUCACGACACCAGGACAGCGGAGUCACUCACCACCUUCCGGAGACACUUGAAACCCUACCUCUGUAAGGAAUACCUGGGAUAGUAUAAAAGUAAUCCUUCUACCCCCCCCCCCCCCCCCCCCCUACCCCACCCCCACAAAAAAUAUAAAUAAUAAUAAUAACAAUAAUAAUAAUAAGAAAAAUAUAUAUAAUUAUAAUAAAAAAAUAUAUAUAUAAAAAAUACAAAAAUAAAAAUAUAUAUUUACAAAAUAUAUAUAAAAAAAAAUAGAUAUAUAUUUAUAGAAAACAAAUGAAAAUUAAAAAUAUACUCAAAAAUAAAAAAAUUGUACUGUAUUGUAUUGUAUUGUAUCGUAUUGUAUUGUAUUGUAUUGUAUUGUAUUGUAUUGUAUUGUAUUGUAUUGUAUUGUAUCGUAUUGUAUUGUAUCGUAUUGUAUCGUAUUGUAUUGUAUUGUAUCGUAUUGUAUCGUAUCGUAUCGUAUUGUAUUGUAUUGUAUCGUAUUGUGUCGUAUUGUAUUGUAUUGUAUCGUAUUGUAUUGUAUCGUAUUGUAUCGUAUUGUAUUGCAUCGUAUUGUAUUGUAUUGUAUCGUAUUGUAUUGUAUUGUAUCGUAUUGUAUCGUAUUGUAUUGUAUCGUAUUGUAUUGUAUUGUAUCGUAUUGUAUUGUAUUGUAUCGUAUUGUAUCGUAUUGUAUUGUAUCGUAUUGUAUUGUAUUGUAUUGUAUUGUAUUGUAUCGUAUUGUAUUGUAUCGUAUUGUAUCGUAUUGUAUUGAUUCCCAUUGUUACAGCCUCUCCUGCCAGUGAUAUAUGAGACAGGAUGCACACGGCCACAUUCAGAUAGAGUGGCAUCGUUUACGUCGUUACCUAGCAACGCACUACCACUCCAAUUAUAACAACUACUAGUCUUAGCACCUCGUCAUGGAUGAUUUUAAAGUCACUUUUGAUUUGUUUCAUCCACUAAGAUGGGAAAAUUCUCCAGAGUUUCUACGCCACCGCAAGGACUGCUAAAGGAGACCGAUAUGGAAUCAGCAGCUCCGCUGGACUGCGGGCCAGUCUAAACGGAGACCGAUAUGGAAUCAGCAGCUCCGCUGGACUGCGGGCCGGUCUAAACGGAGACCGAUAUGGAAUCAGCAGCUCCGCUGGACUGCGGGCCGGUCUAAACGGAGACCGAUAUGGAAUCAGCAGCUCCGCUGGACUGCGGGCCGGUCUAAACGGAGACCGAUAUGGAAUCAGCAGCUCCGCUGGACUGCGGGCCGGUCUAAACGGAGACCGAUAUGGAAUCAGCAGCUUCGCGGGUCUUAAAUGAGCCCACUGAGCCGGUCUUGGUGCCUGAUGAGAGAUAUUGAGUUCCUGAACUCAGACAAUGUGUUUGCUGGUAUCAUAAUACAGCUGAGAAGGGAGCGCAGGGACGGGAAAAACAUGAGGAGAUGGAGUAACAUCCUAACAGCUGGGUGCGACAACAGUUGUUCCUGAGAAACGGCACCCAGCUGCGCUUGGGACCCCGGGAUUGAAUGUAUCAUAAAUAAAUAGCUGUAGCUUUGUUUUGGUUCUGUCCAUUUGUAGCUUGUUUUUGGACACAGGUCCAGGAAUGGCUAAAGGAUUGCAAUAUUUACCUGGAACUAACCUUGCAGAUAGCAUUACUGGGUGAUCUGAAAAGUCAUAGUCAAUCAAUCAAUAAUAUAAUAAUACUUUUAGCAAAAAUGUUUAUUUUUAAUUCACAAUCUGUAGAAGCAAUGAGAAUAGAAAGGUUCAGAACUUUUGUAAAACAUCACAGUAUGGUUGAAAUAUAUAUGGCAAAUAGAAAUCCUAUAUGGAUGGUGUUAAGAGAUAGAUGGGAGGUAUUGAAUAGAGUUGAAGGAUGGGACUAAUAACAAAUAACAACAAAUAAUAACAAAGAUAGCUAAUAAUGUAAGCAUACUGUGUCCAUAAUAAGUAUAUAGGUUGUAUGUUGGGAGCUUUUGGGAAGGAGCACAGUUAGAAAGAUAUGGCAUUUAGAGGCAAACCGGAUGGACAUCAUGAAGAUGAUCGGAGAGGUUGAGAGUAGAAGAAGUUCAGGAGAAAAUAAAUAAAUAGAUGUGUAUAUGUAUAUGUAUGUAUAUAUGUGUAUAUAUAUGUAUAUAUAUAUAUAUAUAUAUAUAUGUAUAUGUGUGUGUAUGUGUAUGUAUAUAUAUAUAUAUAUAUAUAUAGAUAUAGAAUUAUUGUAAAAUUAACUCUGUCCAUAAGGUGUAGAUAGUGAGUAUGGACCGGAAGUAGAGGCCUGGGCGUUGUUGUUCACUAAUUUACUCCAAGUAGGGAAAGGAUGGUGGGGUUGAAAAGUAAUAAAGGGGAAUAUAUAUAUAUAAAAAAAAAAAAAAAUAUGGGGGAUUGGAAGUGAUGCAGACAAUUACAUUGAUAGAAUAUACAAUCUAUCUGCAAUAUUAAGCUGAUCCUUCCCCCCGAAAAAAAAAAAAAAAAAAAAAAAAAAAGAAUAAAAUAAAAAAAAAUAGCUGUCGAUGCUGUGACCAUCUGGCAAAAUGUGUCAUUGUGGUUUCUGAUCUGCUGUAUCAAUGUCUUUGCUACAAUGUUUCAGCACAAUGUCAUGUUUUCCAUCUGUCAUUCAAUGUUCCUAUGCAUAGACGUGCGCUGUGUUCAGAACCAUGGACCAGCGUCUCUAGAAACCAAGGUUCUGGAACUAUCAACCAUCGCUUGUGUAGUUUUGCUUCACAUGGCAGUCAAUGUGACUAGACGUAACGACCAGAGAGCACCUAACAUGUCACCAGUGUUAGUGAAUGUAGCAUCACGUUUUGUUUGAAAAACUGAUGGUUUGGGAAAGAAUAUAGCUUUUUAAUGCUGGUAACCCGUUGUAUGAAAGCAAUAAUACACUGGAGUCCAUGUGUCAUGACAUUUGUAUCAUGGCUGUGGUGGUCUGCUUGGCUUCACCUCGUGGCCAUGACCAAGUCACAGCCAUGUAACACAUGCCAUAACACAUGGCCUCUCAUGUAUUAUUGCUUAAGUAUCGUAUCGUAUAGUAUUUUAUCCUAUUGUAUCAUAUUGUAAAGUAUCGUAUUGUAUCGUAUUGUAUUGUAUCGUAUCGUAUUGUAUUGUAUUGUAUCGUAUUGUAUUGUAUUGUAUCGUAUUGUAUCGUAUUGUAUUGUAUCGUAUUGUAUUGUAUUGUAUUGUAUUGUAUCGUAUUGUAUUGUAUCGUAUUGUAUCGUAUUGUAUUGAUUCCCAUUGUUACAGCCUCUCCUGCCAGUGAUAUAUGAGACAGGAUGCACACGGCCACGUUCAGAUAGAGUGGCAUCGUUUACGUCGUUACCUAGCAACGCACUACCACUCCAAUUAUAACAACUACUAGUCUUAGCACCUCGUCAUGGAUGAUUUUAAAGUCACUUUUGAUUUGUUUCAUCCACUAAGAUGGGAAAAUUCUCCAGAGUUUCUACGCCACCGCAAGGACUGCUAAAGGAGACCGAUAUGGAAUCAGCAGCUCCGCUGGACUGCGGGCCAGUCUAAACGGAGACCGAUAUGGAAUCAGCAGCUCCGCUGGACUGCGGGCCAGUCUAAACGGAGACCGAUAUGGAAUCAGCAGCUUCGCUGGACUGCGGGCCGGUCUAAACAGAGACCGAUAUGGAAUCAGCAGCUUCGCUGGACUGCGGGCCGGUCUAAACGGAGACCGAUAUGGAAUCAGCAGCUUCGCUGGACUGCGGGCCGGUCUAAACGGAGACCGAUAUGGAAUCAGCAGCUUAGCUGGACUGCGGGCCGGUCUAAACGGAGACCGAUAUGGAAUCAGCAGCUCCGCUGGACUGCGGGCCGGUCUAAACGGAGACCGAUAUGGAAUCAGCAGCUCCGCUGGACUGCGGGCGGGUCUAAACGGAGACCGAUAUGGAAUCAGCAGCUCCGCUGGACUGCGGGCCGGUCUAAACGGAGACCGAUAUGGAAUCAGCAGCUCCGCUGGACUGCGGGCCGGUCUAAACGGAGACCGAUAUGGAAUCAGCAGCUCCGCUGGACUGCGGGCCGGUCUAAACGGAGACCGAUAUGGAAUCAGCAGCUCCGCUGGACUGCGGGCCGGUCUAAACGGAGACCGAUAUGGAAUCAGCAGCUUCGCGGGUCUAAACCGCCACUUAAAUGAGCCCACUGAGCCGGUCUUGGUGCCUGAUGAGAGAUAUUGAGUUCCUGAACUCAGACAAUGUGUUUGCUGAUAUCAUAAUACAGCUGAGAAGGGAGCGCAGGGACGGGAAAAACAUGAGGAGAUGGAGUAACAUCCUAACAGCUGGGUGCGACAACAGUUGUUCCUGAGAAACGGCACCCAGCUGCGCUUGGGACCCCGGGAUUGAAUGUAUCAUAAAUAAAUAGCUGUCGAUGCUGUGACCAUCUGGCAAAAUGUGUCAUUGUGGUUUCUGAUCUGCUGUAUCAAUGUCUUUGCUACAAUGUUUCAGCUCAAUGUCAUGUUUUCCAUCUGUCAUUCAAUGUUCCUAUGCAUAGACGUGCGCUGUGUUCAGAACCAUGGACCAGCGUCUCUAGAAACCAAGGUUCUGGAACCAUCAACCAUCGCUUGUGUAGUUUUGCUUUACAUGGCAGUCAAUGUGACUAGACCUAAUGACCAGAGAGCACCUAACAUGUCACCAGUGUUAGUGAAUGUAGCAUCACGUUUUGUUUGAAAAACUGAUGGUUUGGGAAAGAAUAUAGCUUUUUAAUGCUGGUAACCCGUUGUAUAAAAGCAAUAAUACACUGGAGUCCAUGUGUUAUGGCAUUUGUAUCAUGGCUGUGGUGGUCUGCUUGGCUUCACCUCGUUGCCAUGACCAAGUCACAGCCAUGUAACACAUGCCAUAACACAUGGCCUCUCAUGGAUUAUUGCUUAAGUAUCGUAUCGUAUUGUAUCCUAUCGUAUCGUAUUGUAUCCUAUUGUAUUGUAUUGUAUCCUAUUGUAUUGUAUCCUAUUGUAUUGUAUCCUAUUGUAUUGUAUCCUAUUGUAUUGUAUCCUAUUGUAUUGUAUCCUAUUGUAUUGUAUCCUAUUGUAUUGUAUCCUAUUGUAUUGUAUCCUAUUGUAUUGUAUCCUAUUGUAUUGUAUCCUAUUGUAUUGUAUCCUAUUGUAUUGUAUCCUAUUGUAUUGUAUCCUAUUGUAUUGUAUGCUAUUGUAUUUUAUCCUAUUGUAUUGUAUCCUAUUGUAUUGUAUCCUAUUGUAUUGUAUGCUAUUGUAUUUUAUCAUAUUGUAUUGUAUCCUAUUGUAUUUUAUCCUAUUGUAUUGUAUCCUAUUGUAUUUUAUCCUAUUGUAUCAUAAUGUAAAGUAUCGUAUUGUAUCCUAUUGUAUUGUAUCCUAUUGUAUUGUAUUGUAUCCUAUUGUAUUGAAUCCUAUUGUAUCCUAUUGUAUUGUAUCCUAUUGUAAACAGAUUCCCUUCGGGGCAAUAAAGGUUUUCAAUCAAUCAAUUCUAAUUGUAUCAUAUUGUAUCGUAUUGUAUUGUAUCGUAUUGUAUUGUAUUGUAUUGUAUCGUAUCAUAUUGUACUGUAUGGCAUCUGAUUGGUCAAUGGCUGGACCAUCAGUUAAAGUUGUAUUGUCUUCUCCCUGUGUCUCCAGCGUGUCCUCCAGGGUUCUAUGGAGCUGGCUGCAAACUGAAGUGUGAGUGUGGGGACAAGGGAAAGUGUGACCGCUUCCGUGGCUGUGUGUGUGAGGGACGACACGGUGCUCACUGUGAAAGAGAAGGUAAAAGGUUUUAAAACAUUGUAACUUUAGCUCUAUAAACUCUCCCACUAUCCUUAAAGGUGAUUGAUUUGAUUGAUGGAUUGAAUGAAUGAAUGAAUGAAUGAAUGAAUGAUUGAUUGUUGUUGUUGUUGCUGAUGAUGAUGACGAUGAUGAUCUUGUUGAUGAUGAUGUUGCCUAUAGACAGGGCGCCUGUUGUGGUCAGUAACCUGAUCGAUACAGAGUUGAACGCUGGGAUUCACCACCUCGUCAACUGUAGCGCCACGGGCCAACCAGCACCAUUACAUGGAGAGAUCAUCCUACUCAAACCAGACAAAACCAGAAUAUAUGUAAGUGGUAGCCUGGUCCCAGAUCUGUUUGUGCUGUCUUGCCAACUCCUACGGUCAUUGUCACACCCAGGCUAUGUAAGUGGAACACAAAUUAUUUAAUUUUUUUGUAUAGAUGUGUAUCCUUAAGUAGAUGGAAGUUAAUUUGAUGAUGAGCAUACACACUCACAAUCACCAUUAUUAGCAAUCACUGCAUUAGCCAUUUCUUCUAAUCAAAUGCUUGAUUUAUAUUUUCCUAGGCUUUUGACACUGAUACGGUGGAUGACCAGACCACGUCUACGUUCAGGGUGGAUAAGAUCACUGAGCGAGAUGCUGGUCGUUGGAUCUGCCAGGUGAAAACUACAGCAGGGCAGGCAGAGAGAGAGUUCAUGGUCAUCGUCCAAGGUAAGAGUCAAAAUCACUGAAAUUUAGUCCCGUUUCCCAGACCCAGAUUAUACCUAGUCUUAGACUAAAGUACUUUCAAUGGAUAAUCUCCAUUGAGAAUGAUUGAUCUGGGUCUGGGAAACCAGCGCUGGUUAGUACCUUCUCCAUAGCUAUUCUGUGGAUGUGGAUCAGUUGCUUUCUCUCUUCAGUCCCUCCAAAGCCCCAGAACCCUCCCGUGUUGAACGGUAGUGGUCCGCAUCACCUGGUUGUGUUGGUCAAUAAGGAGCCGUACACAGGAGACGGACCGGUGACCUCUGUCAAGGUCAUCUACAAGCAGGUCAAUACCUCUGUAUGGAAGACCGUUGAAGGUACUGUCCACCCACAGACAUGAACUCUUACCUGCACUGUCCACCCACAGACAUGAACUCUUACCUGCACUGUCCACCCACAGACAUUAACUCUUACCUGCACUGUCCACCCACAGACAUGAACUCUUACCUGCACUGUACACUCUUACCUGCUCGAUGAAAGAACCAUCCAAUGCAUAAGUCAUCUGAAAUAUUUCUACUAGAAUUGGAAAACAGCAUACAUUUCGUUUUUUCCACAUUAAGUACCAAUUGUUAUUAUAAAAAUAAAUAAUUGUUGUUGACAUUUUUACCCUACUUUUUCUCACCAACUUCGUGAUUACGAUCUUGUCUCAUCGCUGCAAGUCCCCAACGGGCUCGGGAGAGGGAAGGUCGAGUCAUGCGUCCUCCGAAACAUGACCCGCCAAGCCGAGCUUCUUAACACCCGCUCGUUUAACCCGGAAGCCAGCCGCACCAAUGUGUCGGAGGAAACACCGUUCAACUGUCGAACGAAGUCAGCCUGCAGGCGCCCGGCCCGCCACAAGGAGUCGCUAGAGCGUGAUGAGCCAAGUAAAGCCCCACCCGGCCAAACCCUCCCUAACCCGGACGACGCUGGGCCAAUUGUGCGCCGCCCUAUGGGACUCCCAGUCACGGCCGGUUGUGGCACAGCCUGGGAUCGAACCUCAGGCUGUAGUGACGCCACAACACUGCGAUGCAGUGCCUUAGAACGCUGCGCCAUUCAGGAGGCCUCAGAGUAGCCUUUUUGAUCAUAAUGAAUACGAUUAUAUGGGCAGGGGGGACCUGAAGCACUCCAACUUUAAAGCACCCCUCUUGAAUAUGGUCCCUGGUCUCAAAGGGAGUAUAAUGAUGUGCUAAAUGAUAUCACAUUCCUGUGAGCUUCAGUAAAUGUUUCCUGAAACUUCAUCCCACUAGUUGUUAUCAUGACUGUACUGAACAAUUAGAAUGAUAUCAUCUCCCUGAGGGAUGUUAUUGUGUGUUGGAAACUAACAUACUGCUUCCAGAAGGUCCUCUUCCACUUAUGUGUUCUUCCAAGUAUUACUUUCUUUGUACGUGUAGAAACCUUUGUCAACAUCAUCAUAUGGAGUCAUUGAUGCACGUGAGUGAUGAGCCCCCUCCCUCCCUCCCUCCCCCCCCUCCCUCCAACCCUCCAUCUCUCCCUCCCUCCCUCCCUCCCUCCCUCCCUCCCUCCCUCCCUCCCUCCCUCCCUCCCUCCCUCCCUCCCUGCCUCCCUCCCUCCCUCCAUCUCCCUCUCAGUGGUUGGCCUGGUGGUGAAGCUAGAGAACCUGUCUCCUAUGACCCAGUACACCACCUUUGUCCAGCUGAGUCGCCAUGGCGCAGGAGGGGCGGGGUUUCCCGGGCCAGAGGCCAGCUUCUCCACACAGAUGCUUGGUGAGAACUAUAGAAGAACCAGAAGAACUAUAGAAUUAGAAUGGAUUGGUAAAAAACAUAUCAUUAAAAUGAACUAACACUGUAGUUCUGUGGUAAGUACCACCCUAGUAACCACCCUAGUAACCACCCUAGUAACCACCCUAGUAACCCACCUCAGUAACCCACCUCAGUAACCCAGAUGCUGGGUAAGAACCAUCCCAUUCUCUUUAAAAUCCAACCUCAGGUAAGGGAAUUUCCUCUGAUCUGGACAUUACUAAUGACACAUGGAGGCCUUACAGAAACCUGAUUUACUGCUAGCCUCUGAGUUACAGUGCAUUUGGAAAGUAUUCAGACCCCUUGACUUUUUCCAGAUUUUGUUACGUUUACAGCCUUAUUCUAAAAUGGAUUAAAUAAAACUAUUUCCUCAUCAAUCUACACACAAUACCCCAUAAUGACAAAAGGUUUGUAGAAUUUUUUUCAAAUGUAUUAAAAAUAAAAAACAGAAAUGCCUAAUUCACAUAACUAUUCAGACACUUUGCUAUGAGACUCGAAAAUUGAGCUCAGGUGCGUCCUGUUUCCAUUGAUGAUCCUUGAGAUGUUUCUACAACUUGAUUGGAGUACACCUGUGGUAAAUUAAAUUGAUUGGACAUGAUUUGGAAAGGAACACACCUCUCUAUACAAGGUUCCAAAGUUGACAGUACAUGUCAGAGCAAAAACCAAGCCAUGAGGUCAAAGGAAUUGUCCGUGGAGCUCCGAGACAGGAUUGUGUCGAGGCACAGAUCUGGGAAGGGUACCAAAACAUUUCUGCAGCAUUGAACGUCCCCAAGAACACAGUGGCCUCCAUCUGUUUGGAACCACCAAGACUCUUCCUAGAGCUGGCCGCCCGGACAAACUGAGCAAUCGGGGGAGAAGGGCCUUGGUCAGGGAGGUGACCAAGAACCCGAUGGUCACUCAGACAGAGCUCCGGAGUUCCUCUGUGGAGAUGGGAGAACCUUCCAGAAGGACAACCAUCUCUGCAGCACUCCACCAAUCAGGCCUUUAUGGUAGAGUGGCCAGACGGAAGCCACUCCUCAGUAAAAGGCACAUGACAGCCCGCUUGGAGUUUGCCAAGAGGCACCUAAAGGACUCUCAGACCAUGAGAAACAAGAUUCUCUGGUCUGAUGAAACCAAGAUUGAACUCUUUGGCCUGAAUGCCAAGUGUCACGUCUGGAGGAGACCUGGAACCAUCCCUACGGUGAUGCAUGGUGGUGGCAGCAUCAUGCUGUGGGGAUGUUUUUCAGCGGCAGGGACUGGGAGACUAGUCAGGAUAGAGGGAAAGAUGAACGGAGCAAAGUACAGAGAGAUCCUUGAUGAAAACCUGCUCCAGAGCGCUCAGGACCUCAGACUGGGGUGAAGGUUCACCUUCCAACAGGACAACGACCCUAAGCACGCAGCCAAGACAACGCAGGAGUGGCUUCGGGACAAGUCUCUGAAUGUCCUUGAGUGGCCCAGCCAGAGCCCGGACUUGAACCCGAUCGAACAUCUCUGGAGAGACCUGAAAAUAGCUGUGCAGCGACGCUCCCCAUCCAACCUGACAGAGCUUGAGAGGAUCUGCAGAGAAGAAUGUGAGAAACUCCCCAAAUACAGGUGUGCCAAGCUUGUAGCGUCAUACCCAAGAAGAUUUGAGGCUGUAAUCGCUGCCAAAGGCGCUUCAACAAAGUAUUCAGUAAAGGGUCUGAAUACUUAUGUAAAUGUGAUUUCUGUUUUAAUUUUUUUAUACAUUUGCAAAAAAUAAAAUCUGUUUUUGCUUUGUCAUUAUGGGGUAUUGUGUGUAGAUUUAAGAAGAAAAACAUAUUUUUAAUCCCUUUUAGAAUAAGGCUGUAACGUAACAAAAUGUGGAAAAAGUCAAGGGGUCUGAAUACUUUCCGAAUAGCUAACCCCAGACAAGAAUAGGCCCAAGGCAUUUCACUACUAAAUCAGCUGACCUAUGGCAGGAUCCCAGUCUCUCCCUGACCUCAAUACUCUUUCUCUCCUUCUCCCUUACUCCCUCUCUCCCCUAACCCUCCCGCUCAUCCAGAUCACCCACUCCCCUCUGGGGUGAGGCUUGUCCCUGUAUCCCAGACAUCCCUGGGCCUGUCCUGGGACCGUGUCGUUGGGCCUGGGUCUCCCAAGGAAGACUGGACCUUCCAGGUAAGCGGCCCUCUGUGUCUGAGUUGUUUAGAGCAUAGCUCUAGAAACACCAGGGUUGUGGGAUCUAUUCCUGGCUAGGGUCACAUACAACAACAAUUCUGUCACUCAUUGUGUACUGUAAGUUCCUUUGGGAAAAAGUAGUACUAACUUACUAAGUAGCUUUGUCCGAUCCAGAACGGCCCAUAGGGCAGGAGACUAUCUCCUGUUUCUGCAGAGUGAUCCAGAACGGCCCAUAGGGCAGGAGUCUAUCUCCUGUUUCUGUAGAGUGAUCCAGAACGGCCCAUAGGGCAGGAGUUGAUCUCCUGUUUCUGUAGAGUGAUCCAGAACGGCCCAUAGGGCAGGAGUCUAUCUCCUGUUUCUGUAGAGUGAUCCAGAACGGCCCAUAGGGCAGGAGUCUAUCUCCUGUUUCUGUAGCGUGAUCCAGAACGGCCCAUAGGGCAGGAGUCUAUCUCCUGUUUCUGUAGAGUGAUCCAGAACGGCCCAUAGGGCAGGAGUUGAUCUCCUGUUUCUGUAGAGUGAUCCAGAACGGCCCAUAGGGCAGGAGUCUAUCUCCUGUUUCUGUAGAGUGAUCCAGAACGGCCCAUAGGGCAGGAGACUAUCUCCUGUUUCUGUAGAGUGAUCCAGAACGGCCCAUAGGGCAGGAGUCUAUCUCCUGUUUCUGUAGAGUGAUCCAGAAUGGCCCAUAGGGCAGGAGUCUAUCUCCUGUUUCUGUAGAGUGAUCCAGAACGGCCCAUAGGGCAGGAGUCUAUCUCCUGUUUCUGUAGCGUGAAGCAGAUUGAUGUACUAGUACAAAUAUGAUUUAUUAUUACCUUCUCAGGUGGAGUGUGUUCAGAGAUCUGACCCUGGGAACGUGAAGAUCUACCAGCUCCCUUCCAACUUGACGGGCAUCCAGGUGACAGGUGAGGAGGACUGAACAGAUAUACUGUACGCUAAUAUUGUCAUGAAUUUACUGUACUGAUUUAGUGUACGCCGGGUUCCCCCAUGUCUUCCGAGCAAAAAAUUAUAAUAAAUACAUUUAUUUUUUAUUUUAUAUAGUUGGACAUAAGACUGUAAAAACACAAGGAAAUCAGCUCCAAUUAUUUUAAUUUAAGAAAUCUGUUCCCAAGUUUUCCCACGUAUAGUAGAGACGUGAUCGUAUACAAAUGUAAGCAAGGUUUGAAAUUAUUAUGUUUUUGUCAAAGAUUAUAUCUGUUUGGGCUUCUUGCGGUCAAUUUGCAGUCUACAAAUUAUUUGUAAUUAUGUUCCAGCCCCCAGACCAUCUGCUCAACAACAAAUCGGCCCGCGGCUGAAUCUAGUUGAUGAUCCCUGGAGUACGCUAAUAUUGUCAUGAAUGUACUGCACUGACAUAGUGUACACUAAUAUUAUCAUGAAUUUCCAUGGAAAUCAAAGUAUUGUAUUGUGUUGUAUUGUAUCGCAUUGUAUCUGGUUGGUCACUGGCUAAUCUCGGUAAACCCAGAACAAAAAUCUCAUGUAAUUUGGUCAGAUUUAAGUAGUUUAACCACAAGACAUUACUCACCGGCUGGAGUACAAUUUAGAAUAAUGGUGAUUGCCUAGCUUAUUGCUGGACUGUACAGUGAUUUGGUAGGCAUCAUGUUUUUAGGACAGUAAUGUAAUGGGUUUGUUGUUUUCUGCCAGAGCUGAAGCCCAGACACAAGUAUGAGUGCAGGGUGAGGAUGAUGACGGUGUCGGUGGGACAGCACAGCCAACCUGUCUCUGCAUGGACACUAAGCAACGGUAAGACCUGGGAGGGCAGUAGCUGGGGAACACUUAACUCUGUUCUCUUACACUGUAUAUACAGCAGUAUGUGGACACCCCUUCAAAUUAGUGGAUUCUAUUUCAGCCACACACGUUGCUGACAGGUGUAUAAAAUCGAGCGCACAGUCAUGCAAUCUCCAUAGACAAACAUUGGCAGUAGAAGGGCCUUAUUGAAGAGCUCAGUGACUUCCAACGUGGCACCGUCAUAGGAUGCCACCUUUCCAACAAGUCAGUUCGUCAAAUGUCUGCCCUGCUAGAGCUGCCCCGGUCAACUGUAAGUGCUGUUAUUGUGAAGUGGAAACGUCUAGGAGCAACAACGGCUCAGCCACGAAGUGGUAGGCCACACAAGCUCACAGAACGGGACCGCUGAGUGCUGAAGCAACGUCAGCAAAAGAACUGUUCGUCGGGAGCUUCAUGAAAUGGGUUUCCAUGGCCGAGCAGCCGCACACAAGCCUAAGAUCACCAUACGCAAUGCCAAGCGUCAGCUGGAGUGGUGUAAAGCUCGCCGCCAUUGGACUCUGGAGCAGUGGAAACGCGUUCUCUGGACUGAUGAAUCACGCUUCACCAUCUGGAAGUCCAAUGGACGAAUCUGGGUUUGGCGGAUACCAGGAGAACGCUACCUGCCCGAAUGCAUAGUGCCAACUGUAAAGUUUGGUGGAGGAGGACUAAUGGUCUGGGGCUGUUUUUUAUCGUUUGGGCUAGGCCCCUUAGUUCCAGUGAAGGGAAAUCUUAACACUACAGCAUACAAUGACAAGUUCCCGCAGCAAUGUUCAAACAUCUAGUGGAAAGCCUUCCCAGAAGAGUGGAGGCUGUUUUAGCAGCAAAGGGGGGACCAACUCCAUAUUAAUGGCCAUGAUGUUCGACGAGCAGGUGUCCACGUACUUUUGGUAAUGUAGUGUAUAUCGAGGUGGAGUUGAGUUUUUAUAACUGGUCUCACGAUUUGCAAGCAACAACAUUGAGUUACCAUCAGUCGAUAUUUGUAAAAAUUCUGAAAACGCUUACCAGUACCUGUGUUUGUGCUGUACAACAGCGCUCCUUCUGCGCGGUGCUGAAAUGUAUACUUUUAAUAUAAACCUUUAUUGAAAACAACCACCGACUUUUUCCUCAUUUGUGUUGCUCGUACUAGGUACUACGUAAACUGAGAUUCAAUUGGCACAUGCACAUUAUGCGAUGAGUUGAGCAACACAAAUGAGGAAAAAGUCGCUGGUUGUAUAGAUAUAAUCUCUGGUGUCUAUACUAUACUAUAUCCUCUCUGCGAUGAGUUGAGCUUACUAUACACUUAAAUAGGAAAUAUAAGUCUAUAUCCCUCUGGUGUCUAGAUAUCUCUGGUGUCUUCUAACUAUACUAUAUCCUCUCUGGUGCUUAACUAUACUCUCUGGUGUCUUACUAUACUAACCUCUGGUGAUCCUCAAACUGGAACCGCUUGGUGCUAACAACUAUCCUCAUAAACUGGUUCUUACUUAAUAUUUCCUCUUGGUUUCAUGGCUAAGCAAUUCCGCACACAACCUAAAUUCACCUCGGCAUGCCAAGCGUCUCUGGAUGUGUAAACUUCUACCCUCGUUGGACUCUACAUUGAAACGCGUUCUGGGGGAACUGAUGAAUCUCCGGUUCAACAUAUCCUCUUGGGUCUAUACUAUGACUAAUCCUGGUUUGGCUGAUACCAUGAUACCUCUCGGUGUCCGAAUCCUUCUGGCAACUAUAAGUUUUGGUGGGGGACUAUACUCCUCUUGGGGUCUUUUUUAUCCUUUGGGCUAGCUAUUUCCUGGUAGUGAAACCCUUAAUCCUCUCGGUAGCAUACUAUACUCGGGUGUCCCCAGCAAUGGUUCAACAUCUAUAAUCCUUCUGGUCUAAAAUACUGUUCUCUCAAGGUGUCCAUACUAUAUAUGCGCCUCCUGUUCUACGAUCAGUUCCACUCUUUGGUUAUGUAGUGUAUAUCGAUCGGGGUUUGGUUUUAUACUAUAUCUCGGGUCUCUAACGAUAUAAUCACCAUUGGUUCCAUAGUACAUACUUUAAAAAUUCUGGAAACUUACCAUACCUGCUUUUUGUCUAUACAUACAUAUCCUCUCUGGUGUGCUAUAAAUGUAUCCUCUUUUAUAAACCCUUUAUUGUAACAACCACCACUCUUUGUCUACUAUUUUUUGUGUCUACUAGUACUACUUAAACUUGGUUCAAUUCACAUCACUUGGUGUCUAUACUACCCAACCACAAUUGGGAAAAUCCCUCUGGUUGUAUAUAUAUUAAUCCUUUUGGUGUCUAUACUAUACUAUAUCCUCUCUGGUGUCUUACUAUACUGUGAUCCUCUCUGGUGUCUAUACUAUACUAUAUCCUCUCUGGUGACUAUACAUAUAUAUCCUCUCUGGUGUCUAUACUAUACUAUAUCCUCUCUGGUGUCUACAUACUAUAUCCUCUCUGGUGUCUAUACUAUAGUCUCUGGUGUCUAUACUAUUACUAUCUGGUGUCUAUACUAUACAUAUCCUCUCUGGUGUCUAUACUAUCCUAUGCCUCUCUAGUGUCUAUACUAUACUAUAUCCUCUCUGGUGUCUUACUAUACUAUCCUCUCUGGUGUCUAUACUAUACUAUAUCGCUCUCUCUGGUGUCUAUACUAUACUAUAUCCUCUCUGGUGUCUAUACUAUACUAUUCCUCUCUGUGUCUAUUAACUAUAUCCUCUCUGGUGUCUAUACUAUACAAAUCCUCUCUGGUGUCUAUACUAUACUAAAAUCCUCUCUGGUGUCUAUACUAUACUAUAUCCUCUCUGGUGUCUAUACUUAAUUUUCCUCUCUGGUGUCUAUACUAAUAUCCUCUCUGGUGUCUAUACUAUCCUAUAUCCUCUCUGGUGUCUAUACUAUAUCCUCUCUGGUGUCUAUACUAUACUAUCUCCUCUCUGGUGUCUAUACUAUCCUCUCUGGUGUCUAUACUAUACUAUAUCCUCUCUGGUGUCUAUACUAUAUCCUCUCUGGUGUCUAUAUUAUCCUAUAUCCUCUCUGGUGUCUAUACUAUAUCCUCUCUGGUGUCUAUACUAUCCUCUCUGGUGUCUAUACUAUACUAUAUCCUCUCUGGUGUCUAUACUAUAAUCCUCUCUGGUUGCUAUACUAUCUAUCUCCUCUCUGGUGUCUAUAUUUAUAUCCUCUCUGGUGUCUAUACUAUAUCCUCUCUGGUGUCUAUACUAUCCUCUCUGGUGUCUAUACUAUACUAUAUCCUCUCUGGUGUCUAUACUAUACUAUCUCCUCUCUGGUGUCUAUACUAUACUAUCUCCUCUCUGGUGUCUAUACUAUACUAUCUCCUCUCUGGUGUCUAUACUAUACUAUAUCCUCUCUGGUGUCUAUACUAUACUAUAUCCUCUCUGGUGUCUAUACUAUACUAUAUCCUCUCUGGUGUCUAUACUAUACUAUCUCCUCUCUGGUGUCUAGAACUAUACUAUAUCCUCUCUGGUGUCCUAUUACGAUACUAUAUUCCGCGCUGGUGUCCUAUACUAUACUAAUCUCCCUCUGUUGUCUAUACUAGAGUACUAUAUCCUCUCUGGUGUCUAUACUAUACCUUCCUCUCUGGUGUCUAUACUAUACUAUAUCCUCUCUGGUGUCGAUACUAUACUAUAUCCUUCUUGGUGGUCCUAUACUACUACUAUAUAUCCUCUCUGGUGUCUAUACGAUACGAUCUCCAGUACUCUGGUGUCUUAACUAACCUCUCUGGUGUCUAUACUAGACUCUAUCCCUCUCUGGGGUCUAUACUAUACUAUCUCCUCUCUGGUGUCUAUAACUAUACUAAAUCCGCCUCUGGUGUCUAUACUAUCCUAUAUCUCUCUGGUGUCGAUACUAUAUCCUCUCUGGUGUCCUAUACUAUACUCUAUCCCUCUCUGGUGUCUAUACUAUACUAUAUUCCGUCAUCUGGUGUCUAUACUAUACUCUCUGGUGUCUAUACUAUACUAUACUCGCUGGUGUCUAUACUAUACUAUAUCUUCUCUGGUGACUAUACUAUAUCCUCUCUGGUGUCUAUACUAUACUAUAUCCUCUCUGGUGUCUAUCCUAUAUCCUCUCUGGUGUCUAUACUAUAGUCUCUGGUGUGUAUACUAUACUAUAUCCUGUCUGGUGUCUAUACUAUACUAUAUCCUCUCUGGUGUCUAUACUAUCCUAUGUCCUCUCUGGUGUCUAUACUAUACUAUAUCCUCUCUGGUGUCUAUACUAUACUAUAUCCUCUCUGGUGUCUAUACUAUACUCUCUGGUGUCUAUACUAUACUAUAUCCUCUCUGGUGUCUAUACUAUACUAUAUCCUCUCUGGUGUCUAUACUAUACUAUAUCCUCUCUGGUGUCUAUACUAUAUCCUCUCUGGGUUCUAUACUAUACUAUAUCCUCUCGGAUGUCUAUACUAUAGUAUCCCAUGCUAUCCUGUCUCUUCUACCAGAGUUGCCCCCGGCCCCGUCCAACAUCAGGAGCUGUAACAUCACCGACUCCUCUGCCAUCAUUACCUGGUCUCUGGUCGAGGGACAUUCCAUCUCCAAGGUCAUUGAUUGAUUUAUUGAUUGAAUGUAUAAUUAAACUACAUAUAAAGCCGCUCCAGUCAGAAACACUAUUCCACACUUUUAAAACAGCUAUCAAGGAUUUAGUCUAAAGGCUUUUUUUCUAUUAAAUAAAAUAAAAAAAUACAGUUAUUUAUCCUUGAGGAGCAUUACUUAUUUCCAUUGUGAUUCUCAGGUGAUGCUGCGUUUCCAAGACAACACACUGGCUGACUACAGCCAGCUGGCAGAGAUCAACGUUCCGCAGCAGGGGGAGGGGCCAGAGCAGCAGACAGCCAAUCAGAUGCAGUUCCAGCUGCGUGGUCUGAAACCUGACACUCCGUACCUGGUGGAGAUCUGGUCCAAGAACAACAUGGGGGAGAGUCUAGAGAUACCUCAGAUCCUCCUCCGGACCAUGACGCUGCAGGAGAGCUCUCGUAAGUUAGUUACCCACAAUACCUUACACCUGUAAAUUAGUUACCCACAGUCAGGGCCUAAAAUUAUGGUACAGCAUGCAGGUACAUUUUGGCAUUGGUGGGUAAGAUGCCUAUUUCACCAGCCACGUUGGCGGGUGGUCGGGGCUCCACAGUGAGAGCAUUUCACUCACAUUUGAUCAAGUAUGAUCACAUUUAUAGUAAAAUAAAUGCUGCAGUAGCUGUUUUCAAAGUAUUUCCACCUCGCGCUGCAACACUGCCUGGCUGAGGGCUGUGCACACGUGAAGAGCGGAGUGAAAGAUUCAUUUUUAGAAGUACUGUGCACAGGCAUAAAAGUUGGUCUAAUUUACUUGAAACAAAAGCCUAAAUGCUCUAUUAGACUGGUGCCGACGAAGAUGGCGGCCUCGCGACUAGCUCUUAGGAAACUUUGCGGUAUUUUGUUUUUUUAUGUAUUAUUUUUUACAUUAUUAGCUCAGAAAGUGUUUUGUAUCAUUACGUACAGCCGGGAAAAAACUAUUGGAUAUCAGAGCGGCGGUAAUUCACCAGGAUUACGACAAGGAAUAUGACUUUCCCGAAGUAGAUCCUUUGUUUGCUCUCCCCAGGGCAACUGAACUGAUUCCAGCGGCUGACCCAAAACAUCGACGAUGGAGGAGAGGCACUCGGAGCGGCCUGCUGGUUUGACUGAGGAAGCGCGCACACCACCCACCGUUUCCAAGUAUACUACUCGCUAAUGUUCAGUCUCUGGUUAACAAGCUCGACGAGCUCCGGGCAAGGAUUUCUUUCCAGAGAGACAUCAAGGCCUGUAACAUACUUUGUUUCACGGAAACAUGGCUCUCUGGGGAUAUUCUGUCGAAAUCGGUCCAGCCAGAUGGGUUCUCAGUUCAUUGCACAGACAGGAAUAAAUAUAUCUCCGGGAAGCAGAAGGGCGGAGGUGUGUGUUUCAUGAUUAACGACUCAUGGUGUAAUUGUAGUAACAUACAGGAACUCAAGUCCUUUUGUUCACCCGACCUAGAAUACCUCACAAUCAAAUGCCGACCGAAUUAUCUCUUAUAGUCACGGCCGUGUAUAUCCCCCCUCAAGCCGAUACCACGACGGCCCUCAAAUAACUUCACUGGACUUUAUGCAAACUGGAAACCACAUAUCCUGAGGCUGCAUUUAUUGUAGCCAGGGAUUUUAACAAAGCAAAUUUGAGGACUAGGCUGCCGAAGUUCUAUCAACAUAUCGACUGUUGUACUCGCGCUGCUAAAAUCCUCGACCAUUGCUAUUUGAACUUCCGGGAUGGUUAUAAGGCCCUCCACCGCCCUCCUUUCGGCAAAUCUGACCACGACUCCAUUUUGCUCCUCCCUUCCUAUAGGCAGAAACUCAAACAGGAAGUACCCGUGCUAAGGACUAUUCAACGCUGGUCUGACCAAUCGGAAUAACGCUUCAAGAUUAUUUUGAUCACGUGGACUGGGAUACGUUCCGGGUAGCUUGCGAAAAUAAUUUAGACGAAUACACUGAAACGGUGACUGAAGGAACUGUAUAGGUGAUGUUGUGCCCACUGUGACUAUUAAAACCUACCCUAACCAGAAACCGUGGAUAGAUGGCAGCAUUCGCGCAAAACUGAAAGCGCGAACCACCGCAUUCAACCAUGGCAAGGUGACUGGGAAUAUGGAAGAAUACAAACAGUGUAGCUACUCACUCCGCAAGGCAAUUAAACUGGCAAAACAUCAGUAUAGAGACAAAGUGGAGUCGCAAUUCAACGGCUCAGACACGAGACGCGCGUGGCAGGGUCUACAGAAGGAAAACCAGCCACAUCGCCGACACCGACGUCUCGCUUCCAGACAAGCUAAACACUUUCUUCGCCCGCUUUGAGGAUAACACAGUGCCACCGACGAGGCCCACUACCAAGGGCUGUGGCCUCUCCUUUUCUGUGGCCGACGUGAUUAAGACAUUUAAGCAUGUUAACCCCCGCAAGGCUGCCGGCCCAGAUGGCAUCCCUAGCCGCGUCUUCAGAGCAUGCGCAGACCAGCUGGCUGGUGUGUUUUUGGACAUAUUCAAUCUCUCCCUUUCCCAGUCUGCUGUUCCCACAUGCUUCAAGAUGGCCACCAUUGUUCCUGUACCCAAGAAAGCAAAGGUAACUGAACUAAAUGACUAACGCACCGUAGCACUCACCUCUGUCAUCAUGAAGUGAUUUGAGAGACUAGUCAAGGAUCAUGUCACCUCUACCUUACCUGUCACUCUAGACACACUUCAAUUUGCUUACCGCCCCAAUAGAUCCACAGACGAUGCAAUCGCCAUCACACUUUACACUGCCCUAUCCCAUCUGGACAAGAGGAAUACCUAUGUAAGAAUGCUGUUCAUUGACUAUAGCUCAGAAUUCAACACCAUAGUACCCUCCAAGCUCAUCAUUAAGCUUGAGGCCCUGGGUCUGAACCCCGCCCGGUGCAACUGGGUCCUGUACUUCCUGACGGGCCGCCCCCAGGUGGUGAAGGUAGGAAACAACAUCUCCACUUCGCUGAUCCUCAACACUGGGGCCCCACAAGGGUGCGUGUUCAGCAAUUAUAGGCAAUUAGCAAGACACCCCCAAUAAAGAAGUGGUUCUGCAGGUGGUGACCACAGACCACUUCUCUGUUCCUAUGCUUCCUGGCUGAUGUUUUGGUCACUUUUGAAUGCUGGCGGUGCUUUCACUCUAGUGGUAGCAUGAGACGGAGUCUACAACCCACACACGUGGCUCAGGUAGUGCAGCUCAUCCAGGAUGGCACAUCAAUGCGAGCUGUGGCAAGAAGGUUUGCUGUGUCUGUCAGCGUAGUGUCCAGAGCAUGGAGGCGCUACCAGGAGACAGGCCAGUACAUCAGGAGACGUGGAGGAGGCCGUAGGAGGGCAACAACCCAGCAGCAGGACCGCUACCUCCGCCUUUGUGCAAGGAGGAGCAGGAGGAGCACUGCCAGAGCCCUGCAAAAUGACCUCCAGCAGGCCACAAAUGUGCAUGUGUCUGCUCAAACGGUCAGAAACAGACUCCAUGAGGGUGGUAUGAGGGCCCAACGUCCAUAGGUGGGGGUUGUGCUUACAGCCCAACACCGUGCAGGACGUUUGGCAUUUGCCAGAGACCACCAAGAUUGGCAAAUUCGCCACUGGCGCCCUGUGCUCUUCACAGAUGAAAGCAGGUUCACACUGAGCACAUGUGACAGACGUGACAGAGUCUGGAGACGCCGUGGAGAACGUUCUGCCGCCUGCAACAUCCUCCAGCAUGACCGGUUUGGCGGUGGGUCAGUCAUGGUGUGGGGUGGCAUUUCUUUGGGGGGCCGCACAGCCCUCCAUGUGCUCGCCAGAGGUAGCCUGACUGCCAUUAAGUACCGAGAUGAGAUCCUCAGACCACUUGUGAGACCAUAUGCUGGUGCGGUUGGCCCUGGGUUCCUCCUAAUGCAAGACAAGGCUAGACCUCAUGUGGCUGGAGUGUGUCAGCAGUUCCUGCAAGAGGAAGGCAUUGAUGCUAUGGACUGGCCCGCCCGUUCCCCAGACCUGAAUCCAAUUGAGCACAUCUGGGACAUCAUGUCUCGCUCCAUCCACCAACGCCACGUUGCACCACAGACUGUCCAGGAGUUGGCGGAUGCUUUAGUCCAGGUCUGGAAGGAGAUCCCUCAGGAGACCAUCCGUCACCUCAUCAGGAGCAUGCCCAGGCGUUGUAGGGAGGUCCUACAGGCACGUAGAGGCCACACACACUACUGAGCCUCAUUUUGACUUGUUUUAAGGACAUUACAUCAAAGUUGGAUCAGCCUGUAGUGUGGUUUUCCACUUUAAUGUUGAGGGUGACUCCAAAUCCAGACCUCCAUGGGUUGAUAAAUUUGAUUUCCAUUGAUAAUUUUUGUGUGAUUUUGUUGUCAGCACAUUCAACUAUGUAAAGAAAAAAGUAUUUAAUAAGAUUAUUUCAUUCAUUCAGAUCUAGGAUGUGUUGUUUAAGUGUUUCCUUUAUUUUUUUGAGCAGUGUAUAAAUCAAGUAGCUGGUAAGCGUGCAUGUGCAACAUUUGGUUCUGGGUGCCAAGAUUACAACCCACUCAAUGUGACACAACUAGGGACUAAGUAGUAAGAUUUCACAACCCAUGACUGUAGCCAACAUAUUUCCCCUAAAGAUAGACACCCGCACACUGAUGAAUGCUCCCGCAGCUAACUGUGCAAUGUUUCGACCCAAAGGUCUUCAUCAGGCUUAACCCGCAUGAAGCUUUGAGCCAAGUUAUUGGAUGUGCGUACACCAUGUUUGAAACAUAUUACCGCUCCUCUCCUCCUCUCCUCCUCCCCCAACCCCCUCCCCCCCCCCCCCUCCCCCUCCUCCUACCCCUCCCCCCUCCUCCUACCCCUCCUCCCCCUCCUCCUACCCCUCCUCCCCUCCUCCUCCCCUCCACUACGCACGACCCCCCCUCCUCCCUCUCCUCCUACCCCUCCUCCCCCUCCUGCCUACCCCCUCCUCCCUCCUCCUACCCCUCUCCCUCCCUGCCUACCCUCCCUACCCCCUUCCCACUUCCCCCCUCCUCCCUCUCCUCCGCCUCCACCCCCUCCUCCCUCUCCUCCUCCCCCUCCCCUAACCCCUCCUCCCCUCCUCCUACCCCUCCCCCCCUCCUCCUACCCCCUCCCACCCCCUCCUCCCCCUCCUCCCCCCUCCUCCCCUCCUCCUCCCCCAGGUCUAGCUGGGCUUGGCAGCGAGGGCAACAUGCUGUUCUAUGCCAUCCUGGGUUCUGCUGGGAUGACCUGCAUCACCAUCCUACUGGCCUUCUGCAUCGUCCUACAGCUGAAGAGAGCCACCUUCCAGAGACGUAUGGUCCAGACCUUCCAGAACAUAGUGGUGAGUUCUGGGUCGGCCUGGCUCUCUUUAGUGCUUCCCAUAAUGGGUCGGCCUGGCUCUCUUUAGUGCUUCCCAUAAUGGGUCGGCCUGGCUCUCUUUAGUGCUUCCCAUAAUGGGUCGGCCUGGCUCUCUUUAGUGCUUCCCAUAAUGGCUCGGCCUGGCUCUCUUUAGUGCUUCCCAUAUUGUGGAUACAUAAACACAGAUGAGAACCCUCACGAAGCAUUUACAUUGUGGAAGAGACGUUAGCUGUAGACGGCAGUAUUCUAUUGCUUCCGUACACACUACAAACACAGAUAUAUGGAUGAGCACAACACCUCUAGAACAAUCUAUGAUUUUCUCGUCCAUGUGUAGAGAGAGGAGCCAGUGGUCCAGUUUAGUUCUGGCUCUCUCAACCUGCCCAAUAAGAAACAUAAGAACCCAGAGCAGCCCGUGGCCUACCCCACCCUGGAGUGGAGCGACAUCAAGUUCCAGGACGUCAUCGGAGAGGGAAACUUCGGCCAGGUGCUCAAAGCUCGCAUCAAGAAGGACGGGCUAAGGAUGGACGCUGCUAUUAAACGAAUGAAAGGUGCUCCUUUAAUUAAUAAAUGGAUGGAUGGAUGGAUGGAUGGAUGGAUGAAUUAAUGAAUUAAAAGAUUUAACGUCUCACUAUCUCAUUAUAUUUAACAGAGUAUGCGUCUAAAGACGACCACAGGGACUUUGCAGGGGAGCUGGAGGUGCUGUGUAAACUAGGCCAUCACCCCAACAUCAUCAACCUACUGGGGGCCUGUGAACACAGAGGUAAUAUAAUAACAUCAUCAACCUACUGGGGGCCUGUGAACACAGAGGUAAUAUAAUAACAUCAUCAACCUACUGGGGGCCUGUGAACACAGAGGUAAUAUAAUAAUAUCAUCAACCUACUGGGGGCCUGUGAACACAGAGGUAAUAUAAUAAUAUCAUCAACCUACUGGGGGCCUGUGAACACAGAGGUAAUAUAAUAAUAUCAUCAACCUACUGGGGGCCUGUGAACACAGAGGUAAUAUAAUAAUAUCAUCAACCUACUGGGGGCCUGUGAACACAGUUUCAUCCAAACAAACCAAAGUGUAUUGUACACUGAAAUAUAAAUAUGGGGAGAAAAAUGAUGCAAUGAAGUGCCAUAAUGCUCCCUGCUUCUCUCUGUCUCCAGGCUACCUGUACCUGGCCAUAGAGUACUAUGAACUGAUUCAAUUGUUAUUAACCAGUGUUUUCUGUCUCCAGGCUACCUGUACCUGGCCAUAGAGUUCGCCCCUCAUGGCAACCUGUUGGACUUCCUGCGUAAGAGCAGAGUUUUGGAGACUGACCCGGCCUUCGCUAUCGCUAACAGCACCGCCUCCACCCUCACCUCACAACAGCUGCUGCACUUUGCUGCGGACGUGGCCCGCGGCAUGGACUACCUGGCUCAGAAACAGGUUAGCGUUAGCCUGGUUCCAGACCUGUUUGUGCUCUUGUAGCAGUGUUGCUUCCUUCCCUCUCCUUGCGCCAACCUGGGCUCGAACCGGGGACCCUCUGAACUCAUGGACAACUGUCACCCACAAGGCAUCGUUACCUGUCACUCCACAAAAGCUGCGUUUUUUGCGAAGCAAGGGAAACAUUUAAUUCUAGGUCUCAAAGCAGGUGACGUCACCGACUGAACGCUACUAGUGCGCGCUAACUAGCUAGCCAUUUCACAUCGGCUGCACUCUCUUGCCAACUCCUGUCACUUAUUGUCACUUGGCGUGGGACCAGGCUAGGUUAGUGUCUCUCUGUGGUACCAGGCUAGGUUAGUGUCUCCCUGUGGUACCAGGCUAGGUUAGUGCCUCUCUGUGGUACCAGGCUAGGUCAGUGUCUCUCUGUGGUACCAUGCUAGGUUAGUGUCUCUCUGUGGUACCAGGCUAGGUUAGUGUCUCUCUGUGGUACCAGGCUAGGUUAGUGCCUCUCUGUGGUACCAGGCUAGGUCAGUGUCUCUCUGUGGUACCAUGCUAGGUCAGUGUCUCUCUGUGGUACCAGGCUAGGUCAGUGUCUCUCUGUGGUACCAGGCUAGGUCAGUGUCUCUCUGUGGUACCAGGCUAGGUCAGUGUCUCUCUGUGGUACCAGGCUAGGUUAGUGUCUCUCUGUGGUACCAGGCUAGGUCAGUGUCUCCCUGUGGUACCAGGCUAGGUCAGUGUCUCUCUGUGGUACCAGGCUAGGUCAGUGUCUCUCUGUGGUACCAGGCUAGGUCAGUGUCUCUCUGUGGUACCAGGCUAGGUCAUUGUCUCUCUGUGGUACCAGGCUAGGUCAGUGUCUCUCUGUGGUACCAGGCUACUUCAGUGUCUCUCUGUGGUACCAGGCUAGGUCAGUGUCAGAUCCCAGAGACAAGAGAUCUAGCUUUUAGUCAUCACAUCCCAUAAGGCAUUGCACAGAGGAUUUAUUCUUGUGAGUUGAAUAAUCUGACCAGAUCUUUUCCCAUUUCUAGUUCAUCCACAGAGACCUGGCAGCCAGAAACAUCCUGGUGGGAGAGAGCUUAGGGGCCAAAAUAGCCGACUUCGGUCUCUCCAGAGGGCAGGAGGUCUAUGUGAAGAAGACGAUGGUAAGAGUCUCUGAAGCUGACAAACUUCAACGUCAACAUAAAUUCACACUAAAUGAUCCUCUCAGGCCGCUGUGGUCACAAACAGAAGGCAGUCACCUAGCCUGCCUUCCAGUUGGCGGAGGGACACACCAGGGCUGCCCACUAGCACCACUCUUAUUAGCCAUGGUGCUGAAACUUUGUUAUUCACGAAGACAUCUUUACUGUGUGUGUUGAGACAGACAUGUCUUUUUAUUGUGUGGAUUGAGAAAGACAUGUCUUUUUAUUGUGUGGAUUGAGAAAGUCAUGUCUCUUUACUGUGUUUUCAAACAGGGACGGUUACCUGUCAGGUGGAUGGCCAUAGAAUCACUGACCUACAGUGUCUAUACCACCAACAGUGACGUGUGAGUACUGAAUCCUACCACUGAUAGUGACGUGUGAGUACCGCAUCCUACCACUGAUAGUGAUGUGUGAGUACCGCAUCCUACCACUGAUAGUGACGUGUGAGUACCGCAUCCUACCACUGAUAGUGAUGUGUGAGUACCGCAUCCUACCACUGAUAGUGAUGUGUGAGUACCGCAUCCUACCACUGAUAGUGACGUGUGAGUACCGCAUCCUACCACUGACAGUGACGUGUGAGUACCGCAUCCUACCACUGACAGUGACGUGUGAGUACCGCAUCCUACCACUGAUAGUGACGUGAGUACUGAAUCCUACCACUGACAGUGAUGUGUGAGUACCGCAUCCUACCACUGAUAGUGACGUGUGAGUACUGCAUCCUACCACUGACAGUGACGCGUGAGUAAUGCAUCCUACCACUGACAGUGAGUACUGCAUCCUACCACUGACUGUGAGUACUGCAUCCUACCACUGACUGUGAGUACUGCAUCCUACCACUGACUGUGAGUACUGCAUCCUACCACUGACAGUGAGUACUGCAUCCUACCACUGACAGUGAGUACUGCAUCCUACCACUGAUAGUGAUGUGUGAGUACUGCAUCCUACCACUGACAGUGAGUACUGCAUCCUACCACUGACAGUGAGUACGGCAUCCUACCACUGAUAGUGAUGUGUGAGUACUGCAUCCUACCACUGAUAGUGAUGUGUGAGUACUGCAUCCUACCACUGACAGUGAGUACUGCAUCCUACCACUGAUAGUGAUGUGUGAGUACUGCAUCCUACCACUGACAGUGAGUACUGCAUCCUACCACUGACAGUGAGUACGGCAUCCUACCACUGAUAGUGAUGUGUGAGUACUGCAUCCUACCACUGAUAGUGAGUACUGCAUCCUACCACUGACAGUGAGUACGGCAUCCUACCACUGAUAGUGAUGUGUGAGUACUGCAUCCUACCACUGACAGUGAGUACUGCAUCCUACCACUGACAGUGAGUACGGCAUCCUACCACUGAUAGUGAUGUGUGAGUACUGCAUCCUACCACUGACAGUGAGUACGGCAUCCUACCACUGACAGUGAGUACGGCAUCCUACCACUGAUAGUGAUGUGUGAGUACUGCAUCCUACCACUGACAGUGAGUACUGCAUCCUACCACUGACAGUGAGUACGGCAUCCUACCACUGAUAGUGAUGUGUGAGUACUGCAUCCUACCACUGACAGUGAGUACUGCAUCCUACCAGACAGUGAGGCAUCCUACCACUGACAGUGAGUACUGCAUCCUACCACUGACAGUGAGUACUGCAUCCUACCACUGACAGUGAGUACUGCAUCCUACCACUGACAGUGAGUACUGCAUCCUACCACUGACAGUGAGUACUGCAUCCUACCACUGACAGUGAGUACUGCAUCCUACCACUGACAGUGAGUACUGCAUCCUACCACUGACAGUGAUGUGUGAGUACUGCAUCCUACCACUGAUAGUGAUGUGUGAGUACUGCAUCCUACCACUGACAGUGAAAGUUGCAGACUGAACAUGUGCCAGAUACACAUUAUAUGAACCAAUGAAUUGAAAACGGAUUGUCUUUCUCUCUUCAAUCCCAGAUGGUCGUAUGGUGUACUUCUCUGGGAGAUAGUGAGCUUAGGUUUGUAUCCAGUGGGGUAAAUGAUAUAUACACUGUACUGUUUGGAGUGAAGUGGAGUCUGAUUUUUUAUUUUUUUAUUUUUUUAUUUAACCUUUAUUUAACUAGGCAAGUCAGUUAAGAACAAAAUCGUUUUUUUACAAUGACAGUCUACUUACAAUGACGGCCUACAAUACAGAAAUAGAAUGACUAGAAUGGUUAACCUAGUCAGUAAUUCCUUUACUAUGGAGUCUCAUAGUCCUGUUGCGUGUUUGUAUCAGGAGGUACUCUGUACUGUGGGAUGACCUGUGUGUGUGUGUGUGUGUGUGUGUGUGUGUGUGUGUGUGUGUGUGUGUGUGUGUGUAUCAGGAGGUACUCCGUACUGUGGGAUGACCUGUGCUGAGCUGUAUGAGAAACUCCCUCAGAGCUACCGGCUGGAGAAACCACUCAACUGUGACGAUGAGGUGUAGGUACCACAGACAGAGCAGAGAUCACAGGAAUAUACACACAUACAUUAUUAGUAAAAACAUCUACAUUUGGAAUUCAAGAUUAUUCACCAUGUAUAAUACGGAUAUACAGUGUACCACCCCUCUCCUGUGUGGUCGUGUCCAGGUAUGACCUGAUGCGGCAGUGCUGGACAGAGAAGCCAUGCGAGAGGCCCACGUUCCAACAGAUACUGGUCUCCCUCAAACGGAUGCUGGAGGACAGGAAGGUCAAUCAAACACACAUUUCAUUUUCUUCAGGAAAUGUACCUUUUUGAGUUUCAUAUUAUAUACACUAGGGUCUGUAGUAAGGUGAACUGAAUGUUUUCUAACCUUUCAAUGAAAACAGUGUUCUAAAUAAAAUCCUAUUGUUACUUGUUAUUAUUUCUGAAUUAGUUUAAUAAUUAACAUGAUUUAAUCAUUAACAUUAUUUCUCUGUGUGUUGUUCGAUAGACAUAUGUCAACACCACCCUGUAUGAGAAGUUCACCUAUGCUGGCAUUGACUGCUCCGCAGAAGAAGCAGGAUGAUCUUGUGCUAAAACUACAGCAUCGUGUUGUACAGGAAUCAUAAAUCUACGUGGGUUUAAGCCAAUCCUACACCGGGGAUUCAAGGACUAGUAUUGUGCGCAUAUUGUGUAUUCCAAGUUAUGCGCUUAAACAUUGAAUCAUAAAACUGACAGUCAAGACUGUCAUCUUGAUGUAAACCUGCGUUAUUGUUGAUGAUUCCCAAAUGGCACCCUAUUCCCUAUGGGUCCUGGUCAAAAGUAGUGCACUAUAUAGGGAAUAGGGUUCUA